GUAUCUCAGGUGUACCGAGACAGAAGUAUCGGUAAUCCCAUUAACAUCGUGGUGGUAAAGAUUGUCUUACUGGAAUAUAAUCAGGUAGGAAAUUGAAAUGAAAGAAUCACUGGAUACUGUUCGUAAAAAAGGAUCUUGGUUUUUAAAAAUGGGAUAGUAUGUAUUAAUUUCGUAAGGGAGCAUAACUGAUUGAAAUCUAUUAUCAGCUUGCAUGUUCUCUACACUGUUUUAUGUACAUUUGAUGUGGUACAUAUGAGGAGAAUUUGAUGAACAAUCUGUUUCCGAAUUCUUCCCGUCAUGCUUUUGCUUAUCACUGUAUGUUUGAUUAAAGGUUAUAUCAGAAUUCUAACGGUAGGAACUGUCACCCAAAUAGUGAAAAGUGAAAAAAAAAAUUGCUCAAAACAUUAAGGAAAGAAGGUAUAAAGAAAUACAAAAAAGCAUGGGCACGAAAGGACAAGCUUGAUGAUUAAAACGCAUUGCAAUUGUGGAUUUUGAAAAACUUUUCCUAUAUAGCCUGACAGUUUUUCAGUUUUUCUUUUUCGUAACGUUUAAUAUAAUGCUUAGAAGGCAUAUUUGUUGGACAAGAAGCUGUAAUUUUAUCAUCGAUUACAAGUAAUUUCAUCGCUAACCUGAAGUCCUAUAGCACACAAGGAAGUAUGAUAGCGAUGUUGACAAUAUUAACCGUGACACAGAGACCCUGAUACUUUAAGGACAAAUUACUGUUACUGAUGUAGACUACGAGUAGUCCCUAUUUUUCCUCAGGGAUAGCAGAGCGAGCGAAACGCGAGCGCGCGUGAAAAAAUUUUCUCUCUCGCCGCCGCGUCUCGCCUUUCUCGCGUGGGGUGAUUUUUACGCGCGCUUGCGUUUCGCUAGCUCGACUAUCUCCCAAAAGGACUUGGCGCGCUCAGAAUAACCUUUCUUAAGAUUUAUGCCUCUUCUUUUCCUUGUUUUUAUUUUAUUUUAUUUUUCUUACAGAGGGGCCUCCAUAUCUCCUCAGACUCUACUCGCACUCUUAGAAGCUUUUGCCGUUGGCAGAAUCGGGUGAUGACUAAACCACAUAAGGACCCAGAACACCACGAUACCGCGGUUCUUCUAACAAGGUAAGAUUCACCCCAGUUGAGCGCCCUUAAUUGAGUUUUGAGAUAACGAAAGAUUCUGUGAAACAUAUAAGGCAGAAAAAGUCACGAUACAAAAACAUGACGAUAUGUCACCAUUAUCAAAUGCAAAUAAAAAGAACGAAAUGAUUAAAAUUAUAGGAAGAUCAAAAGACUAAAAUAUUAAGGAGCUACAUUUUAACCAGUUAGCAAUGCAACGUGCCAGUAAUAUCACCUCUUGGAGAUUUUUACCUAUUAUUCACUCAAAUAUUUGACCGUUUCUGUUUGGCUUUAAGUUCCCAGGCUAAUUUUUCAUAACAAGCAAGCGCUGAUCAAAUUUGGAAGAUGCGUGGUAUUAUUCCACGAUUGAUGACAGUGAUGGAGUCAUUAAAAUUAUUAACCUGUGUGCAGCCGCCCCCUCCCUCCCCUCAAAUCGAGGAAGGGAAGGGGCGCCUGCACACAGGCUGAAAAUAUUGUACGUUCGCCUGGUUUUCAUUUACAGGCGGGCACACGACUGGAGGUCUUGGAAAUAGGGUUAGGGUUCGAGUUACAAGACCUUUGUUCCUGUAAACCUGCAAGUUAAACCCUCAGUUGUACGCAAUAACUCCUCUGUUUUGGCAAUGCAUACACACGAAAGAUGUCAGCUGCUUUGUAGAAUGUCUUCAAGAAAAAAAAUAUUUCACACCCUGGAACUGCCUAGUAACAGGCAAACGCUAAUGCGAGAAAUAUGAAUCUUAUAAACUAGGAAAUUAUUUGAAUGAGUAAUAAACUGAUUAUAUCUAUCAAGAAUAACAAGCGUACGUUCAUGUUAGCCAGGGCUAAAAUGAAUCGCAACGGCAUAUAUGACAUCUUUAAUUUGAUGGAUCGUUCUUUUGUGCUUAAAGUUAUUUUUCUUUCUCGCAGGAGAAAUUUAUGCAGACGCCCUGGAAAGUGUGACACAUUAGGUAAACAUCUUUUUAUGUUGUGAACAGCUUCACAAAUACUUCCAGUGUGGACUAGAACAGCAUUUUCGGCUUAUUUGGUAUCACCCACUUUAAAUAAAGAUAUCGCGCGGUGGGUCGAACAAUUGUCUUAAACUGGGGCCUGAUUUACUAGACUUCGACAAGCCCCAUGUGAACGCCAUGACUGUUUUCUAACUUCAAGACAUUGUUCUUUUGUUUUAUUAUUUUUUUCAGGUCUUGCUGAGUUAGGAACAAUGUGUCUCCCAGGGCGAAGCUGUGCUUUAGCAGAAGACAGCGGACUGGGGACAGCGUACACUAUUGCACACGAGUUGGGGCACGUGUAAGUACCUUAUAUGAAGUAUCUAGAACAUGUGUAAGUACAGAUACCGUAUGAAGUGGAAUGUGUUGCUGGCUAUCACAUUGUCUGCAUUAAAAAUCUCCGAGCCUUUUUUCCGUAAUAAAUGACAAGCCCAAACCGUGAUCAUGUCAAAUCCAAGUUGUUCGAGAGAUUUACAAUCACUUCACUCACAACAAACGUCGAAUGUCAAUUUGUGCCAAGUGACCGAGAUUCUGCUUUAGUUGUCGUUUAAUAUUUGUUAUAUCUACCGGAAAAAAAGAAUAAGAAGAAGUUUCAUGCUAGUUUCAUCCUUAACAAUUUCUUUGGACUUUCUUCUUUUGAAAUAGGUCAACUUGAAUCUGACGUUUGCCAUAAACGGCGUUCUAGAUGGAUUCUAAAUAGGACGUUCCUAGACAUUUUCCCCUAUUACGUUAAAGUUAUUCAGUUGCAUUUCUUCGAUUCUGUUGGUAGCCUGAGAAAACAGCCGACAUUUGGUAGCGUCGCGAAGUGUCGGCUAUUUUCUCAGGCUAUUCAGUCGGUCCUGUUGUUUCCGUUUUUAGAAAGCAGAAUAUCUUAUUUCCCCGCAGUUUUAGCCUCCCCCAUGAUGGCGAUAACAACCCGUGCACUCGGAGUAGAGGAGACCAGCGCCUCAUGGCUCCGUCCCUCAGUUUCGAUACAAAGCCUUGGUCUUGGUCCAACUGCAGUCGAGAUAAAAUCACCCAGUUCUUGGAGUAAGUUAAAGAGAACCUUUUCUUUAGUCUACGAUAUUUAUAUAAAUCUAAUUAUGUAUUGGCAUUUUUUGUGUUAAGGUUUGAAUCUUCCACAGUUAUGUAUGUGUUGUUAUAAAAAAUACGGUAAAAAAACGUCUAUAUACGCACGCUGUUUUCUACUAUCCUAAGUACUCUUGAUAAUUUAUAAUUAGUCCACUCAAUUUAAUUUUUUUUUUUUUAAUUGAAUUCUUUUAAUUGUCGCAUAUUUUUGCCAUUUGCUAAGGUUAGGUGACGGUUCGUGCCUUGCGGACAAACCACUCGAAAAAGCAGAACUGAAAUAUCGCGAUAGACUUCCUGGUGAACUCUACAGUGUGGACCAACAGUGCAAAAUGGUUUUUGGCGAGAACUCAUCGCUUUGUCCCUUUAUGGUUAGUACUUUACAUAAGCCAUCAUUAGUCAUAUUCUCCCGUUGCAUCCAGUCUGUACUCUGUAUACCUCUGGUGCCAAUGUGACUAAUAUGUCGAAAAAUCGAUCUAUCUAAUUUUCAUCGAUCCUUGUUCAAUCUCCUGGUCUUUAGGUUUGAUUCAAGAGACGUAACUAAGUAUAAUGUGUGAGGGCAGAUUUAAUGGUACUCUUAGGGUAUAAUUACUGAUUAUUCGUCCUGUUUUCUUCCUCUUUCAUCUUCCCUUUCCCCUUUGGUUUUGACCCAACAGUACAAUCAUUUCUCUAUCUUUAACAUAAAAAAUGGUUGGUUUCCUGUCAUUCACGAAAAUCUCAGGGACGCAAACAUGUCUAUGAGCAACUGAAAAGCACUUCAAAAAUAAAAACUAACAGCAUAAAAAGAGGGUUUGGUCUAUAUCAUCUAGGUGCACCGUAAUUUUUAGGGAGUUAUUAUAACUCCAAAAAUGGAGUAAAAAUUUUACGUACAGGAUAACCCCUUUUUUGGGGUUAUUUUAACUCCUAAUUUAACUCCGAAUUUGGGGUCAUUUUUACUCCUGAAAAAGAGUUUCUUACAUGGGUUGUUUUUACUCUUUUUGGAGUUAAUUUAACUCUGAAAGUGGAGUAAAAAUUUUAGGUACAGGAUAACCCCUUUUUUGGGGUUAUUUUAACUCCUCAAUAUCUGGGGUUACUUUUACUUCUGAAAAAGGGUUCUGUAAACUCCUUUUUGGAGUAAAAUAACUCCCCAAAAAAUAACUCCACAGCAAGGAGUUAAAUUAGCCCCACUAGAGGAGUUAUUAUAACUCCUUGAAAAUGACCAUGUGAUUUAAUUGAGAGUAUUUAUUCUCAGUUCAAGUUGAUUUCUCUUAUUUGCCUUGAAGGAACCUUGUCGGCGUCUUUGGUGCGUAAAAAUGAUCAACAACCGAAGGGGAUGCUCCACUCACCAUAUGCCUUGGGCAGACGGAACCCCUUGUGCGAGGAAGAGGGUGAGUUCAACUCUCUAGUGUACCCACUUCCUCAAGGCACCCGUGCACGGUGGCAUUUGUUCCAGUUGCAAAACAAACAUAACACAUUACCUUAAUCCAUAUGUGUCAUGUUCUUAAUUUUUGCCUGUAGGUGGAAUUCUAUUAAUAGCUUUUGAUCAGGUGGUCCUUCUUCCCCUCUUCCAUUGGCCCGUUCGCCUACUUUCGCCCCACCUCCAAAAACAAAAAAGAAGAAGAACGAUUGAUCAUAGGUUACCAUUCAAAUGGCCUGCACGAUCCUUUGGUAUAGUCAUUUUGCUGUACAAGUAGGUUCUAAUUUUUCAAGUCUGUGGAUAAGGUCCUUUUAGAGGAAACGUUUUGAUUGCAAUGCUGUGUAUAAAACACUAACCUAAACGUGUGAGCAUGGCUCUUGCAGUAAGUCAAAUGUUAAUGAGUUUUUUUGCUAACAUUGAUUGAUGCCAAUAUGAGAACUUUAAUAAGAUUAGUAAUAGAGAUGCCCUCUACACCAGCGUGACAUGGCAAACGGCUGACUUGAUAAAUGUAAGAAUUAACUUAAGCCGAUAGACACUUGAACUAUUCGAAUGUCACUAAUUCGGGGAAUAGAAAAUUCUUUCUAUGUAACAAGUAGCACGUACCAUUUAUCCCGUGCACUUGCAAACCUAAAGACUAACCUCGACUUUUAAACAGUGGUAAUUAGAAGGACACCAAAGUUUUUAGGGCUCACUAUAAAAUAGAGCGUACCAUGCUUCCCAAUAGGAGUUAUUAGCCUUUUCAUUUCCAAUGGAACUUCCUAAAGACAAUUUCAAGAUAGAGGCCAAUUGCAUGUACAUUUUGCGUAAUACAGAAAAUGAUUUGCACUGUGAAAAAGUAUUACUCAAGAAGUUUCAUUAAUUAAAAAUGAAACAUAUCCAUGCAUCAAUCCAUGUAUCAAAGGUAAGGAGUUAGCCGGAAACAUGUCUUUUUAAUUGACCCUGGAUACAGGGUGAUGCUCAGUUGAAAACGUAAAAAAUAGCUUAUGCAUGGACCAUGUCAAGGUUUUCAUUCGAUACUUCCAGAUCACGGAGCAUUUUACACUUCGGUGUUAUACUAAUAAACCGCUUGAACUUUUUAAAAAAGUUUUCCUGAACUAACGAUCCUAUUUAAACACUCUUAAAAACCACUAUCUGUUCCGUUAAGUACUUCGCCAAGUUGUUUUCCGAUUUUGCAAGUGCUCAGAAAACAGAAAUUACUGACUGUUGCUACUGUUUUCAAUCUGUCAUCUCCGGGUUUUUGAUUCCAAAUGAUUUCAAAUAUUUCUUAUAAAGGUUCUCUUGGUACCGUUUCAGGGGUUCAUUUCUUUAAAUAGGUUUAGGCCUGGGAAAUUGCAGUUAUCAACAUGCUGGAAUUUACUAAUGGUCACUAAUCAAAAGUUGCGGGAAGAUUUUUAUUAUUACUUCGGUUCCCAUUCUGCCCUUUGACCAUCAAGAAGAUCUGAUAAAUGGGCAAAAUGGCAUUGUCGGGUACUUGGAAGAAUUCCAUUAACACAAGAUUAUCGGAGGAGUUUCUUUAGAUGUCUUACUCUGUUCUGCAAUUACUUUUGCUUUUCGUCUACUACAUCCCCUGUUUCUCAGAGUGAAUGAUGCGCAUCCUGUAAGGUGGUUCUGACUUGACGUUUGUUGAUCAAAAAUCGGUGUGAUCAUUCAAAUAAAACUUCUUUAGUAGUAUUUUCACAAGGGACUAUUUGAUCUGCAGAAUUUUUCAAAAUGAAAUUUAGAACUUGUGUUGAACUUUUACCUGGCAGUGAAACAGUGAAGAUUCAACAUUGAACGAUCGCCUGUGAGCCUGUCAUCACCAAACAUUCAUGAAAAUCUUAAAACUUCAGAUUAUGUUGUUUUUCGGGUUUUACGCGGCCAUUUUAACAAGAUUAAAGUUCCUAAACAUAUCGAUGUUGAAUGACUCUUUCCAACGUUCCAUCAGUGUGUUGAUCUUUAACAUAGCAGAACAUAUAAUUUCCUGUCUUUUCUUUUAGAAUGCAUAUUGCCUGAUAUUGCGUACUUUACUACUUGACCCCCUCAAUAACAAUCACGCGAGCAAAAUUUUCCAGUUUAAGUAAUUCAGACAUAAAAAUAGCUUGUUGUCCGAGCAAUAAGGAAAUACUUAAGUUGUUUCUAAAUGUUACUUGUAAUAUUUUAAUUGACACCUUGAAGGCCAUGAUAUGUUUUUGUAUUUUUUUUGUCCUCGUUUUCUAUACCACGAAGGCCAUGGCCUCUGGUUAGAAAUUUAAAAACAAUUUCUGCUAUUUAAUUGAUCAAUUUGUUUACAAUCUUAAGAGCUUCACUUCCCAAAUAGGUCAAAUUGAGUAGUGACUGACAAGUGUUUUCCUUUUGGAUUAAAAUGGACUAGAAGAACGUGUAAACAUCCGGAAAAAGUCCCUUUCGUAGGAACGUAGAUCUCAACAAAGUGACGUAAUCAAAUUAGAAGGACGAUUCAAACAAUUUAUGUAAUUUUCUGAUAAUUCCUUAUUUGGUUCGCCGCCCUACAAAUUUCGGUAAUAGCCACAGAAGGGAUGGGUAAAUCAAAAUGUAGUUUUGUGCAGCAAAGACGAUUCUCCUAACCCCGUAAACUAAAGAUAAACAUUGACAUAAACUCUACUUAUGUAUCUUCCGUAGUAUGACUAAAUUCCCUUGGUUGGCUCCUCUCCAUGUUCGGAGUAUUCAAUAGGCCCUUUGCAGCUAGCCAUUCACGUGGUCCAAAACCGCCAUGCUGGAGAGCAAAAGUCGGACUGGGAGAACACAAACAAAGGAAAUUACCAUUUAAAAUUAUGUCUGCCUUUUGUUGGUCUUGUGCCAGUGCGACUUUUGCUCUCCAGUAUGGCGGUUUUGUACCACGUGAAUGGCUAGCUGCAAAGGGCCUAUUAAAGUGGACCGCGUGCUAAUUACCUUUUUAAGUUUCUAUUAGCCUGCGAGCAAGCUCUCCUGUUUGGGCGAGUGAAACAGGUCUCGCGAGAACGCGCGAGCGAGCGGCGUGCUCGCAGGCUAAGUUUCUAUUUGUUAACAAUUGCAGAACAGUUGCUAACGUGAAAUGUGCGGUGAAAAAAAGCCUCAAAUAGUCUUGUUCCUGGGUAGAAUUUCGUCCAGAGACUAGACUCAAGUCUCAAUACAUAUGACCACUGCAUUCAAAUGAAACGUUUGCAACCAUGUUAGUAUUCGAAGUUCAGUAUUCUACAAUUUAAAAUUGGAGAUUUUACUUGAAUUUAAGGCACAGCACAGUGAUGUUUAGUUAAAUGAUCUCAAAGGGCUUUUCUUUUGCGUACUGAAUCAACGGGCUCAUAGAGCUGGCGUCGAGUAUGUUGCUCAUUAUCAUCAUCAUCAUCAUCAUCAUCAUUAUCAUUAAAUUCACUACUCCUUGUUUUAUAAUUGUGGCUGAUCUUCUGUGCAAUGAAACAACGCUCCGUGAGUACAAGUCUUUUUAAAGCUCCUGUAAAUAAAGGUGCAGAGAUGUUGCUCAUUGAAAGAUCUGCUUCAGGUUUAUUUUUUGUAGUGAUUCCUUAACUACUAGCUAACGAUGCCCAGCCUUAAACUCCGUUUGUAGUGAUUAUCACAAAACACUUAUUCCAUUUUGUUCAUGUUUUUUUUUUUUUCAUUUUCCAGUGGUGCAUUCGAGGUCAAUGUGUGAAGAAGCGAAGGCCGAAACCUGUGGACGGUAACUGGGGUGAGUGGGGCCCCUAUCAAGAGUGUACAAGGAAGUGUGGCGGAGGAAUAGCUUUUUCAUACAGGGAAUGCAACAAACCAUUGUAAGUUCAAUGUCACGUUUAUUGUCGAUUGAAUAUCACCCUGUCCCUUAACGCUUUAAUUUCGUUUAGGUUUCAUUUGAAUGGUAACACCAUAGGAUUUCAUUCACAGACUCAAAAGUUAGAACUACAUACUAAAUAAAUAGUGCCAUAUCGAAGUACUGCUGAAGAGGUUUCAUUUGAAUGGUAACACCAUAGGAUUUCAUUCACAGAUUCAGAAGUUAGAACUACAUACUACAUACAUAGUACCAUGUCAAAGUACUGCUGAAGAGGUUUCAUCAUGGUCACGCUAUAGGAUUUCAUCCAUAAACUCAAAAGCUACUUUGACGAGAACCUUGUUAAUUCGAUUAAUAAACGCAGCGAUGUUAAUAAAAUUUGCCUUUGCCCUUUUUUAAGAUCUCUCUUUAAACUCCCUUAUAGUGACACUCAAAAGGAUAACUUACUUUGUACUUUCAUUCUUUAUUUUGCCAACACUUGUGUAACUGGUCCCUGCGAGAGUUUCCACUUAAUCCUUUGAAUUUACAGGCCUGAAAAUGGUGGAAAAUAUUGCAUUGGUAAAAGGAAACGGUUCAGGUCCUGCAACACCCAAGUAAGUAUUUAAAUGUAGUUUUGAAGACAACAGGCUGAGAUGGAUUGGCUUGGUCAGGAAUUAAAAUGAACGCUCAACUAAUUUAAGUAACGACUUUAUUUGGACAAAUUUGCUCCUUGCAAAUAUGUCUCAACUAUAUAAAUAGUUCAGAGUAAAUAUAUCGCAAACAUGAUAAAUGCCAAAUUUGCCUGGUUAUUUACACCCCCUGUUUUUUGGUGUGCAAAUGUGGCAUUUACCAUCUUUGCCAUAUAUUUACCCCUCAGUAUUUACAAAUCUGCGGCAUAUUUGCAAGGAGGAGCAAAUAUGUGCAAAUCCAUUUUGGGGGGGCCAAUGAAAGAUGCUUACUCAGCAAGUUACACAGGCGGCUCGGAAGACUGAAGGGACUGUACAUUCCAGUCCCAGCAGUAUGCAGAAUGUUUCUUUGCAGGACUGUUCGUCACAUGAACCUAGUUCUAGUUUCCUCAGCUCCAAAGAGUCUCAGUGAUCCAGACCUUAAGAUAAGGGGGGGGGGGGCGGUCAUCCAGACCCUUAAAUAAGGGGAGGGGACGGUCUCCGAAAAAUUUUUUUUCGGCCCUUCAGGCCUCAGUUUGGUCCAAAAAUAAAGGAGGGCCCUGGACCCCCCCCCCCCCCCCCCCCCCCCCCCGUCACCACACAAAAUUUUUUUACGGGGCAUAAAACCUUCAUGCAGUCCAAAAAGUCGCGGGGUCUCUUGGCAACCCCCCCCCCACACGCCCACGCCCGGGUCCGCCACCGAGUCUCAUGUAGCUUGGUGGUAGAGCUGGUAGAGCUGGGCUACUAAACAGGAGGUCAUAGGUUUGACAACUGUAUGGAGUACUCUGAUUUUUUCUUUCCAUCCGCCUGUGUCAUAGCCUACGAGCAAGCUUUCCGGGGCACUCUGGUGACGGGGCGGCAAAAGGAAGGAGAGCUUGCAACUACGUCUCUGGAAUUUGAAUAUCUGCACCGCAAAAGUCGAUGCGAAAUGCUGAUUGGCGGAGAUGUCUUUAGUAAUGACGUCAUCACCCAUGUAGCGUGCUUCCACGUGUUUUUCAAUGGUUGUUUACAUUCGCGCUGGUUUCGGCUUCGCGCUGACUGAUUUGCGGAAAUCUGACAGCUCAGUCGACGGGGAACCACAGGGGAAUUGGAGGUGGAAUUCAAAUUCCAGAGACGUAGUUGCAAGCUCUCCUUCCUUUUCUCGCCCAGCCUCCAGAGCACCCUGGAGAGCUUGCUUGCAGGCCACCUGUGUCACUGACUAAAUAAACAUCUUCCUCAUGUAUUCACCAGGCUUAAAAUUCACCAUCACAUUUCUGUUAUUCGACUAAAAUGUAUGGCCAUUCAUUAACUUACGACGCACCCCGUUAAGAAGGUGGUUUACAGUCAUGUCUUGACUGACUGUUUUGUAUUUGUAACUUUGACAGGAAUGCCCUAAAGGUUCUGUGGACUUCCGUGCCAUACAGUGUGCAAAUAUACAGGCGCGGAGCGUGAGUUUAGGUUCCAAGAGGUACAGGAACACGAACUGGCUUCCUAAGUACGCUGGAAGUAAGAGCUUGAUAACUAAAUCAGUCCUCAAAAACACAAUCAUUAAGAUAAUAUAAAGGUAAUUUAAAAUGAUUGGAGAGUGAAGUGAAAUCUAAUGAAAGGUAACUGAGUUUUUAUCUCGGAUUUUCUCCGAAUAAAAUUAUCGUACACCCAAGAAUUUCCAAUCAGUUUAUCCAACGCACAGUUCGUGUUUUGUCGAGCCCAAAGACAAUGGGCUGCGCGUCAUGAUUGAAAAUUUAUAAAACACUCAUACUCGUGUUUAACGCUAUAGGAACAAUUCACACAGCGACUGUAAAAUGGAUUGUUUCGGGAUGUCAUUGGCCUACAGACGCAUGUCAAUUCAAAAGUUCGAAUCUGUGGGUUUGCCAAAAUUAUCACUCACAGUUUUCAGCAAAAAUGUAAGAAAGAAGAAAAAGAAAAAAUUAAUUUGUAAACUCGGUAAAACAGCCGACCAAAAAAUGAAUUAAAACUAAGAUCGCUCAGAGCCUCUUACCGUAAAUGUAUUUAAAAUUAUCAAAAAAAGGAACUCAUAUGCGAGAAUUUCUAAGUCUAAGUUCUGUCUAAGUUCGACAGUUUUUACAGUUACUAUGGUAACGUCGUAGUCUUAACAAAAUUACCAAUAACUGAGCAUUAUUUUUAUACCUUUUUUUUUUCCUGAAGUCAACGUAUUGAGCUGCCAUUUCUUUUCUCUGUACAGUUUCCAAGCAAAACCAGUGUAAACUGUAUUGUCGUAUGUCUGGCUCUGCCAUCUAUUUCAAGUUAAAAGACAAAGUCAUUGACGGAACACCAUGUAACCAUGAGACCACGGACAUUUGCGUAGAUGGAAAAUGUAUGGUAGGUGUGGGUUUUCAUACUUUCUUGUUGCAAAACACGGCCACGUAACAGUCAAAUGUGACUCUAGAAAGAUUGACGUACAACAAAAUGAGCCAUGGACUCUUGAAAAAUGUCGGCCAAUUCGUUACGUUUAAACCUUCUCUAGUUUUGUUGAUCACUGCCCCCAUUACCUCUUUUGUAUUUUUGAGUGAUUGUGUGUGUAUGCUUUACUAUAGUUCAAACAUUCUGACACUUAAUUGUGUGAUCAGCUGGAAAGAGCUAAAAUUGUAUCAACCGCAAUACUGAGCCCAUUUUAAAACGUUAUGGUGCACCAUACAAGAAUGUUUUGCCGUCACCUUCGUUCUAGAUUUUUUUGUUAUGUAUGUAAUUUUAUAUCUAUUCAUUUUUUUUAAAUUUUCAGCCUGCGGGGUGUGACAGAGUGCUAAACUCAAAUAAGAAAACUGACAAAUGUGGAGUGUGUGACGGUGACAAUUCAUCCUGUAGACGUUUCUCAGGAACUUUCAACGAAACAAAUUUUGGUGAGGAGUGGCUACUUGUGUAAUGUAUUGCUUGCUUAACGUAUUCCCAAGUCCAAUUUAUUACACCUGUAAAAAAAGUGCGUUAGUUAACUGCUAAUGUAUUUAAUUGAGAGAACUAUUUGCUUACUUUGUUUUAACAACCCCCCACUAAAGACGGGACAGCCAAGUCUAGCCUUUCGCAGGGCAAAGGAAGGACCUUCUUCCACAAUUAUUGUAUGGUGCUUGUCGGGUCCUCAGGAAAUGAUCCUCCGACAUACUCUCUGCAGACCGACGUCCAACUUGUACUAAAUCUAGCCUGCCGCGUGGACGAAAAAAUGCUUGUGAAAAUGAUUUCUCAUAGUACACACCACAGUUCACGUGCCUACGUCAUCACUACGAUCGCGUAGUCAUGGUUCGUUUUAUAGAAAAAAAGAAUGAUCCGUUUGGAAACGAGGAAAAUGUGCUUGUAGGAGCACUAGACACAGGCGUCGCUCUGGGCAAGUUUAUGCCAAAUCUUUAUAAUAAAUUGUUUUAUUAACUGAAUUACGCUUUUUUCCUGAGCUCAUUCACGAUGAUUAUUGACAUCAAGAUCGGCAAACGUUGACGUAAGUAAUCGUUUUUGCCUUUGUGUUUAUAGGGUAUAAUUUUAUCUUUACAAUUCCUGUCAAUUCAACGGACAUAGUGGUUACACAGUAUGGUUGGAAAAAUCGGGAGGAUUCGAAUUAUCUAGGUAUGUGCUAAUCAAGGUGUUGUAUAUUUGGGAUUGAGAAUGCUUUUCGUUCUUAGUUCCUUCAAGUCUAUUGAAUUUUCUCCAUAACGCAGACCGCUGAGCCUAAUCUAGAUUCGCUCCGCCAAAGACUCCGCUUUUGAUUUAAGAGAAUGGGAGGAUAAGGAGAUUGAGAAUCAGCUCCGUAUAAAUUGUUGGGGUGUGGGCACGCCAAUUUUAAGGGUACACGCUUGAUAGUACGUAUGUAAGCAAACAGGUGGGCAAGAAAAACGUGGAUGGAAAUAUGAUCCUAUGGGCAGCAUGGCUUGAAUGUUGAGAAAGAUGCUGCGCGAAGUGAUUUCAAGGGUUGGCGUAUAACAAAGCGCUUUAUGCAGUGCUCAAUGUUGAUCGCAAGGAUUGCAUGAGUGGACGCAACGCUGAUACUUUCCCAAUAAUCCAAAUAAUAGACAACAUUGUGAGUGAUGUUGAAGGAAACAGUUUCAGGGGUGAACGCGCGAUGCCACGCACAUCAUAGCUCACAAUAGUACGAAAGAUAUUACGUAAAAGCUUGAGGGGAGAAGACCUGUUGCGCACAACAUUACAAGCUAUGAUGCGUGCUAGCUUAUGAUAUUUCACACAGCAAUUUAAGGAAUCGAAAAGACCCACGAUGCUGCGUACUAUAUAGCGGACUAUACUGUGCGCAAUGUUGCCUGCCGCAUUCUAGGCGGUGGACGCAUAACGCUUAGUAACUCAUAGCGAACAAUUCUGCUGUAAUAUUUCUGACAUUCUUAAGAUUCCUAGUUUGAACACAUGAUGACGUGUUUGACAUAGCUUAAAACGUGAGCCAUUAAUUGACCUUCUCUGUCCCUAUCAGCCCUUCAAAGUGCCAGCGGUAGGUGGCUUCUCAACGGAGGGAUGAUCAUUGUGUUUGGAGUUAGAGAAUUCAGAGCAGCAGGAUCCAAAAUAUGGUACUCAGGCUCGGAAAAGGUUAUGGAACAGAUCAAGAUUAAUGGCAGAGUCACCGAGCCGGUCAAAGUCUACGUACGUUGUUACUCUUCUUUUUUGAUUGAUUUGUUGAUUGAUUGAUAGAUAGAGGGAUUGAUUGAUUGGUUUUUCGUUUUGCAUGACAAAUGAUUUCGGUUCAGAGGGAGGAAUCAUAUUGAUGCCCAACUUUGAAUUUAGGCCACGAGCAGUCGUCCCUUUCCUCAGAGCCACACGCGACUAGCGAAUAAUUAAUUAAUGUAAAUUUUAUGGUAAAUAAAGAGGGAAAAUAAAAGACCGCUCGCAGUCAACUUCCGAGAGAUUUUAUGUAAUUUCAGUGGGUGAGUCCCGGAUUUAAUCCAGUGCUGUAACUAUAUAUUCAACAGAAAAAAACUGAACAUCGGUAAUUUUUUUUGGAAAGUGCGAUAUAUGUUUAAUGAUCUCAAAAUUAAAAUGUCGCACUUGUCCUCGGCGUCGCCUUUGGCCACUCAUCAGAUACAAAGAAGUUUAACGCAGUUUUCUGUUGUUAAUUUUUUUCGCACCAAUUUUACGCUUGAUGCUUAUUAACUAACUUGGAACAUUUGCGUCGUGUUAAAGAGUAUGUGAUUGCAAGUGAGAACUUAUUUCAAUUACUUUAUAGGUUUUUGAGGUUGAGGAUGUUGUACCCCCAAACGUUCACUAUAGUCUUAAUAAAAUGGUAGCUGAACCAAAGAAGUUUGUUUAUAAAUGGGAUCGACUGGGUCGAUGGACACAGUGUAAUAAGCUAUGCCAAGGUAAGACUUGUCCCUUAUGAGGUAACGCAACGCUAAACUGCGAAAAGCGGGGAGAAGCAUUGCGUUACACGGCUACAAAGAAUAUUUUAUAUGCCAAUGUGCCGAGUUUUUUAUAAACAUUUUCUCUCAAGCUUUCCAUGUUUGUGCUAAAUGCACUUAUAAUACGCUUAGACCAAAAUCAUAGGAUUAAUUAGUAGUUAACUGGUUUUUCGUUCUGUGCUUUGGCAAUUUUUCGUCCUUGAACAGCUGUAAGGAAGCAAGAGAUAUUUCCUUUUCCUUCAAUUAUGCCAGUACAAGUUCAUCUGUCAUGACGAAAUAAAAAACCAUCAAAAUGAAGUUACUUUCGUUUUUUCAACAUGGAAAUGCGUUUUUUCUUGGACCAUUAAAGCUAGUUUUAAAGGCCUGUUAAAUCCUUUCUAGGAGUCUAACUUUUAUUAGUCGUUUACUCAUUCUGUUCUAUUACGAAUCCUCCUUUAAUCCUCUUCAUUUAUAGCUUGGGCGUUUCGUGCUGGGCUUUAAAUCAAAAGACAAAAACCCGGUCCGUAAUUGUAAUUUACAGUACGGACCUCGAACUCUGCUAAGAAGAGGUAUUUAUUUUCAUUCGCUGUAAAGAAAAAAUGCGGACAGCAUAACUAAACUGACCUAAAAGCAGUAAAGCUUUUCAAACCUUUUGACGAGAAAACUGCACUUACCAGCUCUCUUCUAUUUUUUUUGCUCAAAAAGCGAGCUCUGUUAAAGCCGUUUACCUUUUGUAAACCAUAAGUUACCCAAUCUCAUUACAUGUUAUCACUUCAUUAGGCAUAAGAAAAAGGCGACCAAGAUGUGUCCGCGUUAUUGAUGGUCAGUUAGUCUCCAACUCCAGAUGUGAUCAAAGUACACGGCCGAGCACUGUUACCGAGGAGUGUAAUAUUAGUUGUCGGCUCAGGUGGGUAGCGCAAUCUAUCUACUAAAGCAUGCGUUACAACGGUAACAUUAGCCUCGGAAAACGGUCUACAUUUCACGACGUCACCACUGGUUUCCCCACAAAAUGGCGUCUGAGAAACGAGCGCAGAAAUUCCAUAUCGAUAACGUGUCAUUACCUGAACCUGGGUAGUGCAUCUGAUUGGUUGAAGCAAAUUUCGCUCACGGACCGACCAAUCAUAAGCACUACCCACAUCUGGCUAGUGGCACGUCAUCAGUAUGGAAUUUCUGCUUUCGGUCCUCAGACGUCAUUUCACGGGGAAACCAGUGGUGUCGACGGGAAAGAUCAGCUGUUUUCUCAUGCUACACUAACAUCAGUCGAUGAUGUCACCUUAAAAGCCCGUAGCCACAAAAAAAUGUUUUGCUUCGUUAUUUCAGUUUACAGUUUAACGACCGUGUUUCCUCUCUCUGUCACAGAUGGCAAAUUGAAAACCCUGGAAGAUGCUCAGCGCGUUGCGGGCUUGGCUACCAGAGUCGAGUUGUUAAGUGCGUUCGUGUUCAUAAUGACCGCUGGGGCGAGGUCCUGGACAAGCACUGCCCCAGCAAAACCAAGCCCCCUCUAUUUGUGCGUUGUAAUGGCACUUGUGAAGGAACCAAAUGGGUCUAUUCUCAGUGGUCGAAGGUAAGUGUUGUUCCUGUGAAACGCCUUUACCCAUCCCCGAAUGAGAAUUAAGAGAGAUUAAGCAUCACAGCAAACAAUGGAGAUGAUCACAUGAUCAAGUUUUUGGCCAUUUUUCACGGGCACGUUUGCCCUGCGUCGUUUGCAGUUAUCGAAGAGAUUUAGAAUCAUGUUUACGGCGACUGGCAAACGUCAAAUUGAACCACAAGACCAAGUUAUCAUCUAAUUUUUCGUCUCUUAAUUUGAGAGAUUGCCAACGUAAAUCUCGCUUUUGCCGUUUGCCGUGAACGCGAUUCUAAAUCUCUGUAAAGGUUGGUUUUUACAUCAUGCAAGACAUAGCGUUUAAUUACAAUGAUGUCUUAUCCUAUAUUUUUUUAAUUAUCUGACAGGAAAAGGUCAUUUCAUGAAACGUAAGUUAUGUUUGGCGUUCUGUGACUAUAACUUUUUAAUUUACAGUGUUCAAAAAGUUGCAAUGGUGGCAAGCAAACUCGUUCAGCAGACUGCGUGGACAACUUUGGAGAAAUUCUCAAGGAGCGUGACUGUCGUCCUUCUGAUAAGCAAAGGCUGAGACGACAGUGUAACGCAUUUACGUGUCCUUGGUGGACCACUGAAAACUGGAGCUCGGUAAGUCGGUACCAGUUUUGCUUCAUUUGGUUUUGGGCGAGACUAUUGGCUACUAGUGACGAUUCAGUGGCAGAUCCAGACCUUCAGAUAAGGGGGGGACGGUCAUACGGACCCUGAGAGAAGGGGAGGGAGGGCGGUCUCCAAAAAAAUUUAGUUAGGCAUUAGUUUUUCUAGUCUACGAAAGGAGUGGUUUCUGACGUGUGCUUCUUCACUAAGUUAACAUUGUGAGCUCACAUAACAAAUGGAUCAUAUUUUGGCUUCUUAGCAACCUACUAUGGUCCUUCCAAGAAGGCUCAUGCACUGACCUUAACAUUUUUAUCUCUCAGUGCAGCGUGACUUGUGGGUCUGGACAGCAGACUCGACUGGUUAAAUGCAAAGGACAUCAGGGAAUAGUUGACGAAGGACUGUGUAAACAGAGGAGACCUGCCACGACACAACCUUGUGAGCUUCAAGCUUGUCCCUAUUGGUUCGCUGGUGAUUGGAGUGAUGUAAGUUAAGAUUUGAGUCCUGUUGCUGUGCCUUGCUCAAGGAGCAUUGGUUUUAGCGGUCGUAGCAUACGAUUAUAUUUACAGACUUUAAACAUAGCAUCGCCUAAACGUUAUAAACAGCUUCACGGAAAAGCGCUGCUCAGUAGCUUUGAUUUGAACGUUGAACUGCAAAAGUCAGUACCAGCGUAGUCUGUCGUUUUCCCUUUUUUUCUCUGUUAAUUAUUUAUUUAUUAUCUCAGUUACACAUCCACCCCCACCCGCUGGGACUGGCGGUCGAUAUAUCCCCCGGUCCGCGGUUCUAUUUUUCGUUCGCGCGCACGAACAUAACCGCCUUUUUAGGCGUAAUAAAUAUUACCAAGGGAAAGUGCUACUUGCAUUAAGUUGAAAAGUAACACAAGAAGACUCUGGGUACCCUUUGUAGAUGCUAAGACCUUGUAGAAUAAGCCUUCCGAAGUGAGCUGAUUUAAACAACUCUCAGUUUGUCGCGAGAGCAAUCUGCCAUGACAAAAAUGAAGAAAGCGAAUGAGCGGAGAGGACACUAGGGACAAGGGGAAAGGCAAAGGUUUCUCCUCCCCUCCCAUCUCGCCUUAGUCCUCCCCCGUUUGCCUCGUUUGAGUGCUUGUACUCAGUAUGCAUGCCGCUCGAGAGGAAGCUCUAGAAUUGCGAAAGAUUUUAUAGAUUUUCUUCUUCUUUCUUCAUCAGUGCUCCGCGACUUGUGGUAGCGGAAUGAUGACUCGACAGAUAAUGUGCUUGUCUCCAGGCAAGGUCGCUAGACCCCUGACUGAAGAAAAAUGUUCAGCUGCAACAAGACCUCAGUCGCACAAAGUUUGCAAAACACAAGAGUGUUCGACGCUGUAUAAGAUUGAUCACGAAGGAGAUCUUGAUGAUCAUUACUGGCGGCUCAGUAUGUGGACUCCGGUAAUGUUUCUUGCUACUACUUGCUGUUGUUGUAGAAUGAGAAGCAAUACAAUGCAGUGUUUCUCUCUAAAGUUAAAAAAGCAAUGACAAAGAAAAUUUUUAACAAUGAAAAACAUAAGAAGUUAACAAAUUGGACUAGGCUACGCUGUCUGGAAUAAGUGGCAAAAAACAAAGUGAAACGAAGCGAGCCGAACGGUGGACUGGGCCGCUCGGCUCGCUUAGCUCGGCGAUUCUCUUUAUCUUUUUUCCUCAACCGCAGAGCCUGAUCCCAGGCUACACAAAGUGUUCUUGAAGUUGAAUUCAGUACUACCGACAAAUGAAAUCAUCUAGUGGUUGGACCAGUCAAACUCGGGACCUCCGAAUCGUGAAUCCUGCGCCAUGACCAUUCGUGCAAGCUGCCCCUAUCUUAUAGUUAUUGUUGUUUUUCGUUAUUGCUUUUGUUGUUGUUAUUAUCGUUAGACGUAUUAUUUUUUGUUUUUUGUGUUAUGUUAACAUUGUUAUCAUAACUGCUUGUGUUGUUGUCGUUUUUUCGUUUGUUUGUUUGUUUGUUGGUGUCUUUGUUCAGGACUCAAAAUAAAUUUGGGACUGUCGCCGGUGGUGUUGACCGGCCAAAGAAAUUUUAGCUCGAUCACGACUCUCUUUUGGCCGGUCAAAGUGUUAAACCCCCGUAACACGAUGAUAACGUCAACAAGAAAAGAAGCUUGUCUUCUUGAAACGAAACGGUGUAGAAAUGUAUUUUUAUUCUGGUCCCGACACGUGGCCAUCUUGGCCGGACAUUGUCCGUUAACCAGCCGUUAUUUUGGGCCCUGAUGUUUGUUGUUAACAUUGUAGUAGUGGCGAUGUGAAUGCUAACUGAAUGUUAGUUGUUGUUGUUGUUUUAGUUGUUCGGCUGGUGUUACGUUUUGGCGAUUGUCAUGCUCGGGCUGGAAAAAUCCCAUGAACGCUCAUUAAAACUAAUGACAGAGAUUUUUUUUUUUUAAUGAACUUUUAGUGUUCUGUGUCAUGUGGAGAAAAGCCCGGGACACAGUAUCGUGACGUCGAGUGCGUACUUGUGAGAGGUAGGCAACAGAAUGUGGUUGAUGAAAAUCACUGUGCGCAUACCCCAAAACCCGCUGACCUGAAGGAAUGCCAAGUUCUACCGUGCACAACCUGGAGACACGGAUCUUGGGGUGGAGUAAGUUUGAAGUAGUUGUUAGAUUGUAAACAAUAGGCGACUUGCGAGUCCCAAAAACCCUCACUUUCAAAAUGAGGCCAAGUGUACAACCUUUCUUGUGAAAAUGGUUUUUUUUUCAUGCGAAUGAAAAAUCAUUUCCACAUCAAAGGCUGAGCACUCAACCACGUUAUGAUACAGAGGCCUGGGGAACUCGGAAACGGCCAGUUUUUGCUGAUAACACUUGUCUCAAUUUUGAUUAUUCGAGAUAUAAAAGAAACCGAAUUUUAUAAUUGUUUUAUUAUACUGUUUUAUUAUUAUUAUUAUUCAUUGUUUUGAAGAAAAAAACGACAAACAAGUAGUCGCACGGAGAAUAAUUUGACAUUGUUCUUGUAAAUCACCUAUUGCGCACCCAACCUAUAGAUGAGUCAGUUUUUUGCUAGCAAAGUCAGGUUGCGCUGAUUUCCAAAAUUAACUGUGGGCUCUUAGCCAAUGCGAAGAAAGAUUGUGAGAACAAUGUAUAAUAAUAAUGAUAAUGAUAAUGAUAAUAAUAUCAAUAAUAAUAAUAUAAUAAGAGGAAGAAGAAGUAACAUACAAAUUAACUCUCAUUCCGGAAUCGAUCAUUCCAGAAUCGAAACAUGUAAAAUAUUUCCUAAUUUUGAUCUGUGCAGAACUUAUGGAACUAUGUGUUUCGACACUUCAAAACGGAAUAAACUUUUAUUAUAUUUAAAAGAGCAACACGGUUAGUAAAUCGGAAGGGUGUUAACGAGAACUUCUUUCAAUAGAGCUGGAAAAGCAGAUAAUGUUGGCUUCAUUUUGUUAAUCGGGCCUUGGGGAUUUAAACGCUUAGUAUGCCUAAUAAAUGCCACAGAAUACCCAAUAGAAGGAGGGGUCCUCAAUCGCCAAUAAAGGUCAAUGUAAAUUUAUUUGCUUGUGCUUUUAUUUCAGUGUUCACGGCUUUGCGGUAAGGGUGUGCAGCUUCGUGUGGUCAAGUGUACCUAUGAUAAUUUUAAAAUAACAGUGGAUAAAAACUGCGAUUUGAAAAGUAAGCCGCGAAGCGAACGCCCAUGUGAAAUCAGAGAAUGUAUCUCAACGUCUGCAGUACCGACCACGACACCCGUCCCCACAACUCCACAAGCGGUGCCGAGCUGGAAGGCGGGGACCUGGGGUCAAGUAAGGAUUUAAUUAACCAUGUGUGUGAUUACUGACAAUUGGCUAGCGAUUCAAGCGCAAGCACAAGUAAUUUUCAAAAAAGGAUACAUUCAUUUGAAGGAUACAGCAUGAAAAUCUUCCAAAGGCACAAUGCGGAUCAGAUAACUAAGAGCCAAGAUAACAAUUGUUGACUAUAUGCGGUUUGAAAGAGUCCUAACCACUAAUUAGCCAAUGAGAUUCGUAGUUAUAUGAAGGGAAUUAGUCAUCCUCAGAGACCCAGGGGCAGAUAGUGGGGGCGAGGGAAAGUCUAAACGGGCGGAAAAAUAUGGCACGAGGAAAAGUAAAGAACGGUGAGAAGAGCCCCUGGGGACAAUGUCUUACCAGACCAGUUCCAAACGGUCGUCGCCGUUCUGGCUUCUGUUUGGGCAGAAAAACACAAAAGUUUUCUGGCACCAAUCACAAGUUAUAACGGCGGCGACCGUUUGGAACUGGUCUGGUAAGACAUUGUCCCCAGGGGCUCUUCUCACCGUUCUUUACUUUUCUUCGUGCCAUAUUUUUCCGCCCGUUUAGACUUUCCCUCGCCCCCACUAUCUGCCCCUUAGUCUCCGAGGAUGGGAAUUAGUAUGUGUAAUCAAAUAGUGGCGAGUGAAAUUAGGGAAUAAUUUCAGACGCGUUUUGUCAAUAUUUCUUAUGAUUUGUUAUUAAUUUAUUAAAUUAUUAGGAUCUAGACGAAAAGCAAGUGAAAUUAUUCCCUAAUUUCACGAGUAUAUUUGAUUACCUAUUAACAUCAUGGGUGACGAAUUACGUUCGCAAUCGUGGAUUUUUGAGAUGUUUAUCCCGGUUUUAUCGCGUCGAUCGAGAAGUCCAGAAUUUACAGAAUUUUUCAACAAAAUGUUAGAAUCCUUCUUGAUGUGCUUUUUCAUGUGUUUAAGUUUUCUAAAGCGUCUCAGUUUUAAUGCCCUGACAUCUUCAUUCAUAAAAUUUUAAAACUUCGUCGCCAUCUGGCACUGAGAUGUAUGGAAGGUUGCCAUGGUAAUUUUGUAAUUGCCCAUAUGAAACAUAAAUGAACGCUGAAAUUUCGCGCCAAAAUUAAGGAGUAACUCGUCACCCAUGAUAUUAUGGCUCUAAAACAACAAUACAGUCCUUCUUUUAAAAUUGAAACUAUAGGGCUAACGGAACCGUUUUUUUCUUUGUUUGUUUAUCUUUUAUCUGCUGUAUUUGCAGUGCUCAGUGACCUGUGGCUUAGGAGUAAGAAAGCGAACGGUUGAAUGCAGCGAUAAAAGCAGCAGUUGUGAAGCUAGAACCAAACCAGAAACGACUGCAUCAUGUAAUCUCAAAGCCUGCCCACAGUGGAAAACAAGUCAUUGGGGAGAGGUAAGCUAUUUAUGAUUUUCCACUUUCUACACUUUAAACGAACAUGGAAACAAUUGCAUUUAAAGUAAAGAACUUGAUCUAGACCAGGAACCGCGUGCUAGUGGUGUUAUGGCGUAACCUUUUUGAUAGACAGAUAGUACAUUGUGGUCGUCUCAUUUCGGUGAAGUUUGUUGGAAAAUCACACCCGUUGGACGGGAAAAAACUUACAAAUUAACACAUAUGAGAAUGUUUACUUGUAUUGUAAAAACCUUGCUUCUUUCCAAAACAAAGGGUUAUGUACCAGAACCUUUAAACGGCCUCUUAUAUUUUGCACCGAAAACAAAGAGCGCGCGGGUGCCUCGUGGGAAAGGAUGCGACAGGAAGCCACACGAUUUGCAGUUUAAUUGUUAUUCUGUGACUUAUGUUUAGUGUUCAGUGACCUGCGGCCAAGGACAAAGGCAACGUGAAGUACAAUGCAGAUAUGAGGAUGGUAAAGCAAGUAAUGAAUGUGAUGAAAGCAAUAAGCCAAAGAGCGUCUUGGACUGUGUGUUGGGAGAGUGUCCAGUUUGGCGCGAAGAGCCCUGGGGAGAGGUCAGUGCAAACACUUACUUACAGUUCCUCACUUACACACUCAAUUACAAUUGGUCACUUCAAGUCAUAGUGAUUGGUUCAAAACUUGAGCAAGAGAGGUUAAACAAAAUGAGCUUACUAUCUCUAAAGGAUUUUGUAAAUUGAGGCAAUCUUGGAUAAAUUAAUGGUUUAUUGCUUUAGGCAGGCUCCGAGCCAUAAUUUUUGUCAUUUGAUAUUGACUUAAACCUUUGUCUCUUCACUGACCCUCUAUUUUCUUCUUAACGUUAGAGAUUGUCGAGCGCACGUAUGAAUAUAAAAACCGCGGUGCAAAAUUCGUGGGAGAAAAUAAAGGAAAGAGGACCGUGGACAGGCUUCUUUAACUUAUUAGGAAGAAUUUUAGCAGCUCUCUUACAUCCUUGCUUAUAUGGUCGUUUCGCCUCGCUCGUUGAAAUUUUAUUUAUCAAGCGGAACCAAAAUAGAGCCUGUCCUUAGGUAAUGUUGACUUAUGAUAAGCGUACUGCACGAAUCGUGUCAUCUUGUCAGCAUUUUCUGCAUCAAGGUUCUGUCUCUUGCUUUUCUAACCUAAAUUCUGACGGCGAUUUUUUUAUGUUCCAGUGCUCAGUUUCUUGCGGUGAAGGUAUCAGACAGCGAAGUGUCAGCUGCAGACUAGCGAGUGGCCAGUUAAGUCCCGGGUGUAGCGGAGAAAACAAACCUGCUUUCAGAGAAGCUUGCAACAUUAGACCGUGUCCAACAUGGAUAACAGGAGACUGGGGCAAGGUAAUGUGUCACCUGAUUGCUUAAGAGUAGUUAUUAUUAAUGUUUUUUUAAAGUUUGUUUUGUUUGUUUCUUUGUUUGUUUUUUUUAACACUUGACAUUUAUUGGACAAUUUGGCAAACUUUUUGCCCUGUACCACAUGUUAUGUUUAUGGCAAUUUUGUGCUCUGCGGAAAAGUAAUAAAGCCUUUCCACAUGACCUCCCGUCCGCCAUGUUUGCGGCCAUGUUGGUAUCUUUUAAAAACCAGUCCCUCUUUUGUUGUGGGGAAUUGGACGUUCAUUUCACUUCUAUUUAUUUUGUUUACAGUGCUCAGUAACUUGUGACUCUGGAAUCAAAGUUCGUUCUGUGGAAUGCAGUGAUAAGGACUUCAGUUGUGAUGCGAGAACUAAACCACAAACCACGACUCAAUGUAACCUUAAACCUUGUCCAAGAUGGAAGACAAGUCCCUGGGGAGAGGUAAACUGUUACUUGCAUACAAACGCCAAAAGUAGGUAAAACGUUCUUCACUUUUUACCAAUUGCACAAGACAGCACACAAGGUUUCUUUUUAUAGCAAUUUUUGAGGAAUAAAGCCUUUCCAUAGGACCUCACGUCCGCCAUGUUGGCGACCAUGUUGGUGUCUCAAACCAGUCCUGUGGGAGUGGCACUCUUUUCAUAUGUAAACCCUUUCUUUUGUCGCAAUAAUAUUGCAUACCUGCACUCUACGUGAGUGAAAACGCUCUAUAGAGUACAAAAAAAACAGAGCGCAGUGCGUAAUCAUACACGCUAUGUAGGAGCAAAGAGAGGGAACUAAAAACGAGGUAGAGGAUCUCCAGUUUAAUCCUUGUUCUGCUGCUUUCGUUUAGUGUUCUGUGACUUGCGGCCAAGGACAAAGGCAACGUGAAGUACAAUGCAGAUAUGAGGAUGGCACAACAAGUAAUCAAUGCAAUCGAGGUAAAAAACCGGAGAGCAUCAUGGACUGUGUGCUGGGAGAUUGUCCCACUUGGCGCGAGGAACCCUGGGGUGAAGUAAGUACAAACAUACGGGAUAUUACGAUGACGUCAUUUGAGCUGUGUCUUCAUGUUGUCACGUAAUCUCGUACCCAGAUCUCUUGUCGACGAAGCCAGAUAAGUUCUCAUGAACCACGUUCACAAUAAGCUACCGUGGGGGGAAACAAAUUAUUAAACGUAGUCUUUGUUCCGUUUUAGUGCUCCGUUUCCUGCGGCGAAGGUAUCAAACGGCGAAGUGUCAGCUGCAGACUACCGAGUGGCCAGUUAAGUCCCGGAUGUAACAAGGAAAACAAACCUGCGGCGAGAGAAGAUUGCAACAUCAGACCCUGUCCAACAUGGAUAACAGGAGACUGGGGCAAAGUAAGACGUCAUUUUUACUGCACUAAUAAUUCCUUAUUGGAAGCGCAGUUUUUCUUAGUUUCUGUCUUUCUUUUUUGUGAAGUGUUUUUGUUUUCAUUAUUGUUGGUUGUUCUCGUUUGCAGUGUUCAGUGACUUGUGGCGCAGGAAUUAAGGUUCGAUCAGUUGAAUGCAGCGAUAAGGACUUCAGUUGUAAUGAAAUAACAAAACCGAAAGCUAAGACGCGAUGCAACCUAAAAGAGUGUCCCGAGUGGAAAACAAGUCCAUGGGAGGAGGUGAGCGACCAUUUACAUAGAUUUACCGAAGAACAUUUUGCUUGAAUAAAAUCCAUUAGAUCUUUCUUUUUCUUUCACAAAACUGGACGCAUUCGACAUGGCUGAUCCUUGAAGUAUACAGGACGCGUGUCUUGACUGACUGAGUUCCGUAGGAUAGCCGCUUUUUUGUUUGUUUGUUUUUCAAACUAGUGAAUAAACGAUAUAAAGGGCGUGUUUAAUUGACCGUAUUUUGGAAGAAGAAUGUAUGGAAUGAACUUAAGAAAUCACUUAGCUUUGGCAUUCAUUGCAUGGUAAAAUCUAGAAAUCUGGUGGGAAUUAAUUUUUAAGGUGAAUCUAGCAUUCCAGUGGUCCAAAAAAUCGCGGAGGAACGAUUUGUGACAAAUUUUUGCGUACUCUUAUUCCGGAAUAUGAUCAAUCGAACACACCCUUAGAUUAACAAGACAGUUGUUAGAUAAGCUACUUCUGAGUUCCCAAAACCAUCUGUUUCCAAACAAGGCUAAGUGUGAAAACGAGCCCUAUUUACAUGAGAAUAAAAAAAAUCAUUUUAAUGUCAAUGACUUUGCUCUUAGUCUCGCUUUGAAACAGAGGCUUGAGGCAACUCGGAAGUAGCCUAUUGGUCACCUUGAAGUUACUCGUGAGACUGCACCGGUGCUGUGUCGAAAAGCAUUAUGGGACUGUUUUGGAGGUGGAGUUUGUUCCAGCUGCCCGCGCAGCUUUGUAAUAGCCAAUUGCCUAAUGUCAAACCGAGGGAGCUGGGUACGAGUUGGUCCACAAGGUUUGUGUUUAUUAGGCCAAUAUUGAACGAGAUGCAGCGAAUCAUAACUGCAAAAUUUACUAAGAAAUAUCUAUAGACGUUCGGACAGUGUAUCCGGCAAUGCUACAUCUCUUUUUAGAUUAACAAGACAGUUGUUAGAUAAGCUACUUCUGAGUUCCCAAAACCAUCUGUUUCCAAACAAGGCUAAGUGUGAAAACGAGCCCUAUUUGCAUGAGAAUAAAAAAAAUCAUUUUAAUGUCAAUGUCUUUGCUCUUAGCCUCGCUUUGAAACAGAGGCUUGAGGCAACUCGGAAGUAGCCUAUUGGUCACCUUGAAGUUACUCAUGAGACUGCAACGGUGCUGUGUCGAAAAGCAUUAUGGGACUGUUUUGGAGGUGGAGUUUGUUCCAGCUACCCGCGCAGCUUUGUAAUAGCCAAUUGCCUAAUGUCAAACCGAGGGAGCUGGGUACGAGUUGGUCCACAAGGUUUGUGUUUAUUGGGCCAAUAUUGAACGAGAUGCAGCGAAUCAUAACUGCAAAAUUUACUAAGAAAUAUCUAUAGACGUUCGGACAGUGUAUCCGGCAAUGCUACAUCUCUUAGUAAACUUUCAACUUUUUAAACAGCUGUAUCUUUUUUAAAUAUUGUCGCGAAUAACACUAAAUAUGUGAAUUUUGUACUGCUCGGUGUCUUCUACGUGCAUCUCGUGUUGUUUAUUCCAUUAAACAAUUAAGCACUCGGUUUGAAAUUACGCAUUGAAAGGAGCGAUAGCGUCGCAUAGCUGUCCUAUGGUACAAGUCGACACAACAUCAACCCAGGCUUACGCGGAAAUCUCAAAAUGGUCUAUACUCAUUUAAGAGGCGCAAAUGACUUUCUGUUUACUUUCUAGUGCUCUGUCUCCUGUGGAAACGGUACCAGGCGGCGAAGCGUCAAUUGCAGACUACAAAAUGGCCAGUUGACUCCCGGAUGUGACGAGGAAAACAGACCUGUAACGAUAGAAGCUUGCAACAUUAGACAGUGCCCAACAUGGAUUACCAGGGACUGGGGAGAGGUAAAAAUUGGACCCCACUGAUUUCUGUUCUUAUUUGCCAAUGAAAGGACAAAUCAGCAUGAUAAAAUGAAGUGACACUGUGGAGUUUCAUAAGAACCUGUGUCACAAUGAGGAAAUAUAUGAAAGCUUGGCUGGAUCGGAACUUGAACAUUUUUUUCUUAAUUCUCGACUUGCUUUCUAAUGUAACCUUGUGGAGUCAAUUUUAUUACGAAAAACCAGAGUCAUGCAGGUUGUGAAGUUUAUAAGAAUACUACUGUUCGCAUCACUUAGGCAUCGAAUGGAAUUUACCACCAUCAGGACAACCACGACUUGUUGACUUAUUGGCGGGAAAUUGAACUGGCCGAAUUACUAUUCCCGCACAGUCUGCCGACAACUUAGAUUUAACUUUUGGGUCUCUCAAUUUAUUCCAGUGUUCUUUGACUUGUGGUUCAGGAAUAAAGCUUCGCGUAGUAGAAUGUAGUGACAAAGACUUUCCUUGUGACGCGAGAACGAAGCCACAAACAACAGCCCAAUGUAACCCGGAACCCUGUCCAGAGUGGAAAGCGAGCGCCUGGGGACAGGUAAGGAAUCAACUACUUUUCUUUUUCUAUGUGCAGUAGUGAACAGUAACUUGCCUGAGGGAAUUGCUACCACGCAGAGCAAUAAGUGGCUAGUUUUAGUUGUCACGGUUAUGGCAAACGUCUAUCGUCAGAUUCAAGUUGAGAAUUUCUCAAAAUAGAAAAUAAGCUGAUAAAACUGAAAAGUCCAGGACAAUUCUUAUACACAAAACUAACGUGAAAAUACUUUUUUGGAGAAAGAAAUGAACAGUAAUAGACAAGUAAAGCGAAGACUUGGUCACGUGGUACAAAUUAAGGUUCGUCGUUUCUGGUAAACGUGACUCACUCUGCGUCGCAUUUUUUACAUUGCGUACCCAAAAAUAAUCUUCAAAAUGCGCAGCCAGAAACCGGAGAAAUUAUUGUUGUGCUGUGGAGCUAAAAAGAUUUGGUUAUUACCUGGUUUCAAACCGUGGGGCACCUGGUAUGAGAUCGUUUAUCAUGGGAUUAGAGAGCUGUUUUGCUUCGUACUCGCGAGGGAUACCCCCCACCUCCGCUUUAGAAGUCAAAUGAAACUCUGAGUAGUACCUUUGCCUGUUUUUGAAUAGUGCUCAUUGCAUUUGUUUCUCUCUAGUGCUCAGUGUCCUGUGGAGUGGGUGUCCGACAGCGAGGUGUUUAUUGUAUAUCACAAAAUGGCCGGCUUAGUUCGGGAUGUGCCCAGAGAACCAAACCCUUCACAAAUGAAGCUUGUAACAAACGACCGUGCCCUACUUGGCUUACAGGAGACUGGGGCAAAGUAAGAGGCUGUCUUGAUUGUUUCAAGUUUUUUUUGUUUGUCUUUUUUGGUUGUUGUUGUUUAUGUGUAGAAAAAAGCUGAAAAAGUCCUUGGUUUACCACCGUAGUAAGUGCAUUGGUAAACGACUUAUGGUUUGUCUGUCUCACGAUGUAGUCACUUGAAAAGUAGAUCGCAACGUUUCUUCACCUUACUGCUGGUCCUUUUUUUUUUUUUUUUUUUUUUUUUUUCUUAUUGGCGGGAAAUUGAACUGGCCGAAUUACUAUUCCCGCACAGUCUGCCGACAACUUAGAUUUAACUUUUGGGUCUCUCAAUUUAUUCCAGUGUUCUUUGACUUGUGGUUCAGGAAUAAAACUUCGCGUAGUAGAAUGUAGUGACAAAGACUUUCCUUGUGACGCGAGAACGAAGCCGCAAACAACAGCCCAAUGUAACCCGGAACCCUGUCCAGAGUGGAAAGCGAGCGCCUGGGGACAGGUAAGGAAUCAACUACCUUUCUUUUUCUAUGUGCAGUAGUGAACAGUAACUUGCCGGAGGGAAUUGCUACCACGCAGAGCAAUAAGUGGCUACUUUUAGUUGGCAAACGUCUAUCGUCAGGUUCAAGUUGAGAAUUUCUUAAAAUAGAAAAUAAGCUGAUAAAACUGAAAAGUCCAGGACAAUUCUUAUGCACAAAACUAACGUGAAAAUACUUUUUUGGAGAAAGAAAUGAACAGUAAUAGACAAGUAAAGCGAAGACCUGGUCACGUGGUACAAAUUAAGGUUCGUCGUUUCUGGUAAACGUGACUCACUCUGCGUCGCAUUUUUUACAUUGCGUACACAAAAAUAAUCUUCAAAAUGCGCAGCCAGAAACCGGAGAAAUUAUUGUUGUGCUGUGGAGCUAAAAAGAUUUGGUUAUUGCCUGGCCAAACCGUGGGGCACCUGGUAUGAGAUCGUUUAUCAUGGGAUUAGAGAGCUGUUUUGCUUCGUACUCGCGAGGGAUACCCCACACCUCCAUUUUAGAAGUCAAAUGAAACUCUGAGUAGUACCUUUGCCUGUUUUUGAAUAGUGCUCAUUGCAUUUGUUCCUCUCUAGUGCUCAGUGUCCUGUGGAGUGGGUGUCCGGCAGCGAGGUGUUUAUUGUAUAUCACGAAAUGGCCGACUUAGCUCCGGAUGUGCCCAGAAGACCAAGCCCUUCACAAAUGAAGCUUGUAACAAACGACCGUGUCCUACUUGGCUUACAGGAGAAUGGGGCAAAGUAAGAGGCUGUCUUGAUUGUUUCAAGUUUUUUGUUUGUCUUUUCUUUUUGUUGUCGUCUUUGGUGUUGUUGUUGUUGUUGUUGUUGUUUAUGUCUAGAAAAAAGGUGAAAAAACCCUUGGUUUACCACCGUCGUAAGUGCAUUGGUAAACGACUUAUCAUUUGUCUGUCUCACGAUGUAGUCACUUGAAAAGUAGAUCGCAACGUUUCGUCACCUUAGUGCCGGUCGUUUUCCUUUUUCUUUUUUUUUUUUUUUUUACUGUAUUAUGGGACGGCGAAUAAGCGAUCAGUAGGCCACUUCCACGAUGAAGUCAUUUUACCGACUACGACCAGAAUCUUUUAAGGUUUUGCUUCCUUGUGCACAUUAGGGAUUUUUUAAAUCUAAACCUCAAUGGGAUUUCCAAUUUAAAUAUGAAAGGAAAAGCGAAAAGGAUCCUGGUCGUAGUACAUGUAGUAAAAUGACGCCAUCGUGCAAAUGGCCUAUUAGUCUCUUGUAUUGUUUACUGAUUAAUCCAACCACCUACUUACAACAAAGUCCUCGGAUGAUCUAUUUGCAGUGCUCAGUAACCUGUGGUUUGGGGGUAAAGAAGCGUUCUGUUGAAUGCAGCGAUAAAGACGUUAGUUGCGAUGCGAGAACAAAACCACAAACAACGGCGCAAUGUAACUUGAAAACAUGCCCUCAGUGGAAGACAAGUCCAUGGGGAGAGGUAAAUAUUAAUAAUUAGACAGAAAAUCUUCACCUUUUGAUGUGUUACAGUUACAAUUUCUUCAAGGGCUUUUUGACGAAACAGUCUUACAAAGAUUUUGUGGGCCCUCUUAGGAAAGAUGGCAUACUGGACAUAGCCUGUAUAAAUACCCUUUCCCCCCUCCCCUCCCCUUUUUCCUGAGGGGAGGGGGGUCUGUACACAGGCUAGCUGGACAUGCGAAUGGAAAAUUAUAGGGAUACGGGAAAUUCGAGCAUAACAUAGAGAGAGAAGUAGGGAGAAAAAAUUCUGGGAGCGCGAGCGUCAAAGCAAUCGUUUCUGAUAGAAUAAGAAGCUUAACGAAACUUGAGAAAAAGACUCAUUAAUGAGAUUGUUAUCGUUUUUGUGUUGAUUGUUGCUAGCCUAAAAAAACAGCCAACAUUUGGCGACACUACCGCUGCUUUCCCCGCCAAAUGACGUCUGAGAAACGAGCGCAGAAAUUCCAUACUGAUGACGCGUCACUACCCAGAUCUGGGAAGUGCUUCUGACUGGACGUGCCGCGUGAGAAAUUUAUUCAACCAAUCAGAAGCACUACCCAGGGGAAACCAGUCGUAGCGUCGCCAAAUGUUGGCUAUUUUCUCAGGCUAGGAAAUGGCUAUCCUCUCCUCGAAAUGUUGUCACCAUAAGUUUUGGCAUAAUUGCAAGAAUACAAAGCAUUGAAAUUAACGGGAUACUGGAUAUUUAGACCCAAGAAUUUAUUGGAUGUGGGAUACGCAAUAUGGCCUCGCCAUAGGAAAAUGCAUUUGUUAAGUGUUAUUUUGCCGAAGUUGUGAUUUGUCCAAUUCAUCGUAAUUUCUGUGCUGAGGUUUAAAUUGCUAACUGUGUAAUCGUCGCUUGCGUUCUGCUUGAACACAUGAUUAUACUUUACAGCUUUGUUAUUUUCUUUAGUGCUCCGUGUCAUGUGGUAGCGGCCUCAGAAGACGUUUAGUGCGUUGCCAUGGAGAAAGUAGCAGAUGUGACUAUAGAAGCAGACCAAAGAGUGUGGAAAGAUGCAAUUUUGGAACAUGCCCAACUUGGAAAACAGGGACGUGGAGCAGGGUAAAUAGCGAGAUGCUGAAGCUAUUCUUUAAAAUAAAUCAUAGAGUGGUAUUGAAAGAAAUUUCGCCAUAAUACCACCCCCCUUUUUUUCCUAAUAAUUUGCUCGGCAGUUUUUUCGCAAGUCUAGAGUAAAAUAAAGCCAAUAGUGACUUGGUAGCUGGUAGUUUAAGUAUUUGGUGCCGACAAAGGCAUCCCAGACUGUACGGCAGCCGUUUGGUUUUAAGCUUUCUACAAUAAUGUAAAGGAAUUUAGAGAAAAUAAUAAUGCCCCCAAUCCUGCCUUUCUGAAAAGUUCUAAAUCAAAGUGACCGACUUAAUUGUGUUUGUGUUGUAGUUGUGUCAUUGUUGUUUUUUGAGCCAGUUCGAAGCCAACUCUAAUUUUAAAACUCACCAUAUUUUGUUUACGUUCUCAUAUAUACUUUUAAAAAUCUAUAAUUAAUGUCUUCCGUACAGUCUAACCCGCCUGUUGAGCUGUCUAUAUAUAUUUGCUUGAAGGCCUAAGUCUCUGUGAUAGGUCAAAGUCAUCAUCAAAACCUUGUUUUUGAGAAUUUGAGGCCCAAUCAUCUCUACUUCCUUCCCAAAAUGUGCAAGUGAUGUUUCUUGUUCUAUUUAACCUCCUUUCAGUGUUCAAAAACCUGUGGAAAUGGAAUAAAAACUCGUCCUGUGUAUUGUCAUGGCCUUAACGCUCAGUGCGACGUUAAAACUAAACCAGUUUCGAGGACCCACUGUAAUCUUGGGCCGUGUGCAGAAUGGAAAGUGGGGGACUGGCAACAGGUAUUGUUGUUUGCAGAGUGCCAGAGUCCUUUUUUUUUUUUGCUUUUGUUGUCAUUUAAUUUACAAUUUAGUGUCGCCAGAAAUAGUAAAAUUUGAUGCGAUGUACUUUUUAGUGUACGGUUACAUGUGGCAGAGGAUGGAGACGCCGCACUGUGGAAUGUACUACAAGAAGAUUAAGAUGCGAUUACAGAACUAAACCUGACGUGUACGACAUGUGUGACAUGGGAAAGUGUCCUGUGUGGAAAGCUGGGCGGUUGGGUGAGGUGAGUGAGAAUAGCCCCUGAUCUUCUGGGGCCUAUUAAUUUCUUACAAUCUCUUUCAUUUAUAAGCAAAACGCGGCAGAGGAGGAAUGCCGCAGGGGUGAGAGCAGUUGCCUGUCACCACUUUAGCCUGCUCUUCCCCUUCCCAUUCGAGAGCCCGCAACGUACGGUAUCACCAAUGUGGCCCAAAUUGGAGUUUCGGCAUUGUUGUGACGGGGAAGGAAGAACUAUAGUUUCUUCACUUAAACAGUUACUUAUAGAGACACGAAGGACAUAAAGCAAGAGCUUUAAGAACUCUAAAGGGUACCGUGGAUAAGCAAAUAACACUUUUCGAUAACAUUUUCGUCCUUUAUUAUUUCGCAGUGUUCUGUGUCUUGUGGAGAAGGUGUAAGAAGGCGAUCCGUUGAAUGCACUGGAGGAGAAGGCAAAUGCAACUCUAGAACCCAACCUACAUCAACAAUCAGAUGUAACCUUGGUUCCUGUCCACAGUGGAAAGUUGGACAAUGGAGUCAGGUACAAACCGAAAGUUGAUAUAAUCGUCAAGUAGCAAUGACGAAGCGACGCUUUUAACAACUAGUGUGACAGUCUUUUCGUGUUAUGAGCGGAAUGACGUCACGAUUUGGCCAUUUCGUGACGUCAGCAGGCCCAUCACAUCCUCGUUUAGCCUGCGAGCAAGCUCACCAUUUGGGGGAGGCGGAAGAAGCCACGCGAGAGCCGCUUGCGAAAGGCAGCUCCGCCCCUCGCCGCUUCGCCGCUCGUUCGUGCGUUUUGUCGCUGCUCGCCAUAACUGGAGAGCUUGCACUCGGGCUAGUCCUCGUUUAACAUGGAAUUAUCUUUUUUCGCCGGAUAUUUCUGGCAAAAUCUAAAAGAAAACCAUGCAGUCUGGAGUACUUAAACAAAAUUCAGGAGGAGUCCUUGUUUUCUACCGCAGGAAAAUGUCUUUUAUCACGGGUUGGUGAAAUUAAGCUGGGAGAUAUGACAUAACAUGACAUCUCUUUUUUCUCUCUCUCUCUUUUUUUUUUUACUUCUCAAUCAGUGUUCAGUGUCUUGUGGGAACGGCGUAAAAUCACGCAGCGUGGAUUGCAGUGGAAAUAGGGGCAAAUGUGAUGUACAAACCAAACCCACGUCCACGGACACCUGUAACCUUGGUUCCUGCCCUGUGUGGAAAGUUGGAAACUGGGGCCGGGUAAGGAUCACUCUGUAUGUUCACUUUAUGCAAAAAAACCUUUUGAUUGAACUUAUCUACUUAUCUACGAAAUGCUAUUACCAGGGUCUGAAAGGAUAUUCUCGGGAUCCCGGAUUAGAACGCCACUCGGGAAGUGGGAUUCGCCAAAAUCUCCGCAGGGGUAUUGCCGCCCAGUGGCGGAUCUAGACUUUCAGAUAAGGGGGCGGGGUCUCAAAUGACAUUUUUUGCUGCGCUUUGGGCCUCACUUUGGACUAAAUAUAAGGGGGGCCCCUCCCCUGGAUCCGCCACUGAUUAGGAAAGAAAACGGUUUUCAGGAAAAAGAUGACAGAAGUUCGGGAUACGGGUUUGUCGUGAAAAGGAGCUGGAAUGUGGGCUGAGGACACGUACCCACCUCUUUGCAGACCCUGAGUUACCUCCCCUGUUUCAUUUCCUCAACGUUUAGAAAACGAAAGCAGUAUCUCAUUCACCCACAUUUACUUUACAGCUUUGUUAUUUUCUUUAGUGCUCCGUGUCAUGUGGUAGCGGCCUCAGAAGACGUUUAGUGCGUUGCCAUGGAGAAAGUAGCAGAUGUGACUAUAGAAGCAGACCAAAGAGUGUGGAAAGAUGCAAUUUUGGAACAUGCCCAACUUGGAAAACAGGGACGUGGAGCAGGGUAAAUAGCGAGAUGCUGAAGCUAUUCUUUAAAAUAAAUCAUAGAGUGGUAUUGAAAGAAAUUUCGCCAUAAUACCACCCCCCUUUUUUUCCUAAUAAUUUGCUCGGCAGUUUUUUCGCAAGUCUAGAGUAAAAUAAAGCCAAUAGUGACUUGGUAGCUGGUAGUUUAAGUAUUUGGUGCCGACAAAGGCAUCCCAGACUGUACGGCAGCCGUUUGGUUUUAAGCUUUCUACAAUAAUGUAAAGGAAUUUAGAGAAAAUAAUAAUGCCCCCAAUCCUGCCUUUCUGAAAAGUUCUAAAUCAAAGUGACCGACUUAAUUGUGUUUGUGUUGUAGUUGUGUCAUUGUUGUUUUUUGAGCCAGUUCGAAGCCAACUCUAAUUUUAAAACUCACCAUAUUUUGUUUACGUUCUCAUAUAUACUUUUAAAAAUCUAUAAUUAAUGUCUUCCGUACAGUCUAACCCGCCUGUUGAGCUGUCUAUAUAUAUUUGCUUGAAGGCCUAAGUCUCUGUGAUAGGUCAAAGUCAUCAUCAAAACCUUGUUUUUGAGAAUUUGAGGCCCAAUCAUCUCUACUUCCUUCCCAAAAUGUGCAAGUGAUGUUUCUUGUUCUAUUUAACCUCCUUUCAGUGUUCAAAAACCUGUGGAAAUGGAAUAAAAACUCGUCCUGUGAAUUGUCAUGGCCUUAACGCUCAGUGCGACGUUAAAACUAAACCAGUUUCGAGGACCCACUGUAAUCUUGGGCCGUGUGCAGAAUGGAAAGUGGGGGACUGGCAACAGGUAUUGUUGUUUGCAGAGUGCCAGAGUCCUUUUUUUUUUUUGCUUUUGUUGUCAUUUAAUUUACAAUUUAGUGUCGCCAGAAAUAGUAAAAUUUGAUGCGAUGUACUUUUUAGUGUACGGUUACAUGUGGCAGAGGAUGGAGACGCCGCACUGUGGAAUGUACUACAAGAAGAUUAAGAUGCGAUUACAGAACUAAACCUGACGUGUACGACAUGUGUGACAUGGGAAAGUGUCCUGUGUGGAAAGCUGGGCGGUUGGGUGAGGUGAGUGAGAAUAGCCCCUGAUCUUCUGGGGCCUAUUAAUUUCUUACAAUCUCUUUCAUUUAUAAGCAAAACGCGGCAGAGGAGGAAUGCCGCAGGGGUGAGAGCAGUUGCCUGUCACCACUUUAGCCUGCUCUUCCCCUUCCCAUUCGAGAGCCCGCAACGUACGGUAUCACCAAUGUGGCCCAAAUUGGAGUUUCGGCAUUGUUGUGACGGGGAAGGAAGAACUAUAGUUUCUUCACUUAAACAGUUACUUAUAGAGACACGAAGGACAUAAAGCAAGAGCUUUAAGAACUCUAAAGGGUACCGUGGAUAAGCAAAUAACACUUUUCGAUAACAUUUUCGUCCUUUAUUAUUUCGCAGUGUUCUGUGUCUUGUGGAGAAGGUGUAAGAAGGCGAUCCGUUGAAUGCACUGGAGGAGAAGGCAAAUGCAACUCUAGAACCCAACCUACAUCAACAAUCAGAUGUAACCUUGGUUCCUGUCCACAGUGGAAAGUUGGACAAUGGAGUCAGGUACAAACCGAAAGUUGAUAUAAUCGUCAAGUAGCAAUGACGAAGCGACGCUUUUAACAACUAGUGUGACAGUCUUUUCGUGUUAUGAGCGGAAUGACGUCACGAUUUGGCCAUUUCGUGACGUCAGCACGCCCAUCACAUCCUCGUUUAGCCUGCGAGCAAGCUCACCAUUUGGGGGAGGCGGGAGAAGCCACGCGAGAGCCGCUUGCGAAAGGCAGCUCCGCCCCUCGCCGCUUCGCCGCUCGCUCGUGCGUUUUGUCGCUGCUCGCCAUAACUGGAGCACUUGCACUCAGGCUAGUCCUCGUUUAACACGGAAUUAUCUUUUUUCGCCGGAUAUUCCAGGCAAAAUCUAAAAGAAAACCAUGCAGUCUGGAGUACUUAAACAAAAUUCAGGAUGAAAGAUGAGAAUUCAAUGUGUCCUGACAAUGCACGGUUAGAAUAAGGCUUGUUUUCUACCGCAGGAAAAUGUCUUUUAUCACGGGUUGGUGAAAUUAAGCUGGGAGAUAUGACAUAACAUGACAUCUCUUUUUUCUCUCUCUCUUUUUUUUUUUUACUUCUCAAUCAGUGUUCAGUGUCUUGUGGGAACGGCGUAAAAUCACGCAGCGUGGAUUGCAGCGGAAAUAGGGGCAAAUGUGAUGUACAAACCAAACCCACGUCCACGGACACCUGUAACCUUGGUUCCUGCCCUGUGUGGAAAGUUGCAAACUGGGGCCGGGUAAGGAUCACUCUGUAUGUUCACUUUAUGCAAAAAAAACCUUUUGAAUGAACUUAUCUACUUAUCUACGAAAUGCUAUUACCAGGGUCUGAAAGGAUAUUCUCGGGAUCCCGGAUUAGAACGCCACUCGGGAAGUGGGAUUCACCAAAAUCUCCGCAGGGGUAUUGCUGCCCAGUGGCGGAUCUAGACUUUCAGAUAAAGGGGCGGCUUCUCAAAUGACAUUUUUUGCUGCCCUUUGGGCCUCACUUUGGACUAAAUAUAAGGGGCGGCCCUCCCCUAGAUCCGCCACUGAUUAGGAAAGAAAACGGUUUUCAGGAAAAAGAUGACAGAAGUUCGGGAUACAGGUUUGUCGUGAAAAGGAGCUGGAAUGUGGGCUGAGGACACGUACCCACCUCUUUGCAGACCCUGAGUUACCUCCCCUGUUUCAUUUCCUCAACGUUUAGAAAACGAAAGCAGUAUCUCAUUCACCCACAUCAACGACAACAAAAACAACAAAUUUUAUUGAGAUUCAACAUAUAAGUAAUUACAUUAUUUUCCCACCCUCAAAGAGGUUAUAAACUAAUCUAGGCGGGAGGAGGGGGGUGGAGGGACAUAUAAUUUUAAUACAAGGUUCAUCUAUUUGAUGGACUGAACAACAUUCAACACACACCCGUCUAUCUUGGUCAGCCUACGUGACCAUCACCUGAAACUGGGGGCCGAAGCUGACGUCUUUCGUGGUUUUAAUCGACUUUUAUCACCCUAAAACUAAUCCAUGUUUGCUAUAUAGCAAGUUGGGAGCUGGCUAGCCUCCCAGCAUGCAGAGGUUUUCUUAGGACUUCGUCUCGCGUUCGUUUCGCACGUUAGUUGGGAAGCAACGCGUGACAAAGCCUUAAGAACGUCUACGUGGGAACGCGUGACAAGACCCUAAGAACGUCUGCGUCGGAAGCCAGGAGCUGUCUACUCAUUAGAAAACUUUGUAAGGCGUUGUGUAAUUUUUUUUUCCAGUGCUCUGUUACUUGCGGAGAUGGAUUUAGAAAACGGGAGGUAACAUGCAGCAGAUUAGAUGUCAGCUGUGACGCUGGAAAGAAACCACAAGCUACAUCCAGCUGUAACCCUGGCUCGUGUCCCGAAUGGAAGGUCGGCGAAUGGGGAAAGGUAAGUUUUACGUUGUUAGGAUUGGGAAGUUUUUUUCAAACUUGCGAGCAAGCUCUUCAUUCCUAAUGGCGUGUAAAGCAAGCCGCGAAAGAAUGCGCGUCUCCUUUCACGUACCGCUAGCGCGCUUCUCACGAUAUUCCCCAAAUCGAGAGCUUGUCAGUCGCAGGCUAGGAUUUCCCCGCUAAUACAGUCAACUCUCUCAGUCUAACAUCUCCCUCCUCCGCAGAGGCCUCUUUGUGUCGUAGCGAGACUGGGGAGAAAGAAAAAGAAAGCGCGCGGGGCACGACGGGAAGAGGAAUGAGAGAAAAGAGGCUUUUCCCUCUUCUUAUCAUCCCCUGCGCGUUUUCUAUAUUUCGAUUACGGUAUUGCUAGUUUUAUUGGGAUAUCCAGCGGGAGCAUCUGCGGAGGAGAGAGCUCUAACAUGGGGUCCGUCUUAUAGAGACUCCACCGAACGGAGUAAAGGAAAGCAGGGACUAAAUCUAGGUGUUCGUUUUAGAGAAGUGUCCGUCCUAUAUGGAGGUGUUCGUUAAGAGAGAGGUGACUGUACACUCUAUUAAUUGCGGUCGAUAAGAGAAGCACGCAAUCCUAAUCUGCAGGUUGUUAUUUCGCAUGCAUCGCAUGUAUGUAGCCAGCAUUCGUUUGGACUUCCACUAAAAACGAAUGGAAUGCACAAAGCGCAAUUUGAUCAUGCGCGUUUCGACCUUCUACUCCUCGUACUCUGAUCAAGCUUGUUUUGACCAUCUGUCACGUGAAACUUACGCAAGGCAUUUGGACCUCCGAUCGUUCUCGCCCGCACUCCCUAACCUUUGGUUAUUACUGGUUCUAUAGUAAAUGUCAACUAUAAAUACUUCAGAGAUCCUUUAGGGCUAAAAAUUCAAGUUUCAAAGCAUUCAGUGAAUUGCUAAAAAUCCAUCGGUCUUGCCUUGAUACAUUUGUAACAAGCGUCCAAACCUUUCACCCUGUUUUAGUGUACUGUCACCUGUGGAAAUGGUUUCAGACGGCGGGCCGUAGUGUGCAGCGGAGGAACAAAUAAAUGUGAUUCUAUUUCCAAACCGGAAGCCAUUGCGCGGUGCAACCCUGGUACCUGCCCUACAUGGACUGCAGGAGAAUGGAGUAAGGUAAAAAUCAAAUACCAAAAGUGUACUUUGUUGCGAGUACCAGACGUGCUUGUCACCCUGCGUGACAAGCUCUCUUGCAAUGCGCUGUUUGCGUCACGGCGUCUCAUCUUUCUUUUCGCCUACACUUGAAUCACGUUUCGUGCUCGUUGGUCUUUCCCUCACCAAGACUGACCCACUCGCCAAGAGCUGUAGAAAUGUACAAGUUGCACUUAGAAUCUUUCUUCCUCCUGCCCACCGUCGCCUUGCCAACACUUCACGUUGUCACUCAAAAAUAUGCGUCUUCUUAAGUUCACCCUGGCAACAAAUUACAAAUGCAUCUCAGAAGUCUUAAAACAGAUUUCUUCGCCUCUUCAUAUAAAAGUCGAUCACGUAUUCUAUUGUCCUCAACUUUCUUCUUAGUGUUCCGUUACGUGUGGUAGUGGCAGGAAGCAACGUGAGGUCACGUGCAGCAGAUCAGAUGCCACGUGUGAUGCGGCGAACAAACCAGCGUCUACUGCAAAGUGCGAACUUGGCGCAUGCCCUAGAUGGGAAAUAGGGGACUGGGGUCAGGUUAGUGUGAGCGGAUAUCUGGAAGAGCAAGAGAAAAAUAGGACAACGGCGUGAUAACGUCAUUUUACUACAACUUCCAGAAUCGAAUCCUUCAGUUUGUUGUUUUAUUGUGCAAGUUAGGGCCUAUUAUCUUCGGUUGGUCCACGUAUUUCUAGUGACUUCAUUCCUCGCAAAGGGUUUUGUAACAAGUUACCAGAAGUGAAAUGAUUUUAUUCCUCUGGAGUUUGACCUCACUAAUGACGUUCCGGAGUGUCUAGACGUUGAUCCGGAUGUGUUCCGGACUGUUUCGCAUUUCCGGACGUGAAAAGAUCUCCGCCAGUGUAAAAUAGCUAACUGAAUAACAGAAAAGGCGAGCAAAACGUUCUGUACCGAAGCGUGUCGUCACUAGAAUUAUGAAGACGGUUGGGAAGUCAAAGGGCCUUUCGACGGAUGUAAUAUAGUUGAUAUAUCAAAAUUUAUACUUAGCUCUAAGGCUUGGGGGAGUAAAAGAAAAGAAAUGUGUUAUUCAUCCCAGAACCUCUAGGUUGUUUCUUUUGCUGAGUGUUCUCAGAGCCUAGUAAGAAUAUAAUUUAUCGACCCUGGUCUAUUGGCAAGGAAUUAUUGAGUAACACCGCCACGCUUGAACGAAGUCUGUUUAUGGCCUAAUUCUGGUAAAAAGUGUUCUUCAUUUGAACAUUAAAAUUCUACAGUUGGUCAGGCUUUCUUUUAAGAAAUAAAUUGCUUUUCCCUUUGUAGUGCUCAGUGACCUGUGGAAGUGGAAUUAAAACACGGGCUGUCCACUGCAGUGGAGUGUUCAACAAGUGCGAUCCCUCAAAAAGACCCGCAAGUUCUACUAGCUGCAGUUCUGCUCCUUGUCCACGGUGGAAAGUUGAUGCGUGGUCUAAGGUAGAUACUAUGAAAAAGAAAUCGUAACUGAUUGAAAUGCUCUCAGGCUUUUUCGUAUGAAGAAGUGUACAGAUCUACUUAGGGAACUUGGGAAUGAAUGCAGAAUCAACAAAGUAGAAGUUAGGAAUCACUAAGUCUUGAGCUCUAAUUAUUAAGGGUUCCAACCAACACCCAUCCAAUAGCCUCACCUCUGACUGUAUGUGUGUUGUGGUCUCAUUCGCUCAGAAGACCCUUCAAUGCAAACUAACCAGCCAGGCCGACCACAUGCUGGCAAAGAUAGACCACCACAGUAGGGACUGCGUCCCGUACUCUCUACAGACAGUGUAUGGAGUUCUUAUAAAGUCCCACCGGCCACGUAUUUUAAAUGAGCAAGGGUUUUAGUCAAGACCUUCAAUUUAUCGUCUUUGUCACUUCUAGCCUGAAGGAAUAUGGGAAGGUCUGAGAGUUAGCAGAAGUCAAGAUUAUUUAUUUCUUAAAAAACUCCGCUUACUCUGGACUAAAAUCUGUUUUAGUGUUCUGCAUCUUGUGGAGAAGGAGUUAAGGAACGUCUGGUCGAAUGUGUGGUGGUGGAUACAAAGAGCUCUGCCUGUGACACUGGGACCAAGCCAGCUGCUCAAGCAAGCUGCAACCUGGGCCAAUGCCCACGGUGGAAGAUUGGAGAAUGGACCGAGGUACGCACUGGAGCAAAGAAACACCCCUCCCCUCCUCUCCCCUCCCCUCCCCUCCCCUUCCCUCCCCUCCACCUGUCCGUGAGCACCAUCGUUUAUCUUUAUGCUGUCGCAACAACUGUUCCCUUACCUUUUGACAAAGCGUUCUUAAAUAUUUUCGACAGAUACUCUCAUUCUUCUAUUACUAGGCUGCCUGUCGCAGAGUUUAUCUUGUUUAGUGUGCAGACUGUUCGUUCCUUUUGUUCUAUUGACGCUUAAUUAUAUUUUAAGGUUACACAAUGGUGAGUUGAUAGUUUAACCCUACGCCCAGAAGUGAAAGUUUUUUUCAACAUCUGCGAUCUUAUAUUUGUCGUUCUACCAAUUUUGUUUCAGUGUUCAGUUACUUGCGGUAGCGGAAUCAAACAAAGGAAAAUAGAGUGUGUUAGCGGAGUGGACGCCUUAUGUGACGAAAGAACAAAACCAUUAGCGACAGGCAAGUGUGAUCUUGGGCGCUGCCCUAGAUGGCACACAGGGAGGUGGACUGUGGUAAGUUACUUACCUCGAUAUAACGAACUUCCAUAUAACAAAGUCCUGGGUAUAACGAACAAUAUUCUUUGCCACAGUAAUACCAAUUUAACAAUGGAAAAGAACCUCGAUAUCUCGAUAUAGCGAACGUGUUUUGCCAGUCCGUUGUUCCUUUCUUAUAUCGAGGUUCUGCUGCGUUGCCUUCGUUAACAUCUUUUUCUCUGUAGGAGGGGUAUAUUUGCACUACCUAGAAACCCCUAGAGGUCGAUUAUUUUAGGAGUAACGUUGUGUGGCUAAGAGCAAAUGCAUCUUUCGACAAUCGAGUCAUUGAUAUAUAUAUUUUUUUGCACACACUGUACCUUCUUAAUCAGUCUAAAAAGGGUAGAGUCACACGAUUUCAGCACUGAUCAGCUGAACACAGAACUGAAUAAGAAACGGAAAUGAAAGCUCAAAAGUUUUGGCAAACACAAAAGAAGUACAGAAAAGCCCAGCCUGUUCCAGGCUCCGAGAUGAUCGGAUCCACGAAAUUUAGAAAGAGCGAACACGGAAAUAACGCGGGAGGGAACUGGGGAGAGGAAGGGCGGCGGACUUUCCUUUUCCUGCCAUCGCCCUCUUCUCCCAUAUCACGCGCUCAUAUUUUUGCUUGCCUUUCACUUACGCGCGCUGAGAGCCUGGAACAGGCUAAGAAAAGCCUUAAUGGUACAAAUAGGCAAAACUAGAGAAAAUUAGGGUGGUUGGACCCAGGUAAACUUGAGAAACAGUGGCACAGAAAGUGAACCCUUUGAAAAACGUGCUCAAAUAUUCUUUGUCUUUAGCGAUGAUUGUUACAGUAAACAGGAAAAAAACUUUGCCUUGCAGAGCCCUUGGAAGGUCUAGCAGUAUGUAGGGCAAAGGCAGUACCUUCAUAUCUUAGUUAUUUUAGGACCCUAAGAAUUGGAUCCGGGCCCCGGAGAUCGAACACGUGACCUCUCGCUCUGCAGCCCAUCACUGUUGUGACCGAGAUAGCCCUGUCGCGGUUAAAAGUAACUGUGGUCUUAAAAUUUCCCUUGCAGUGCUCUCGCACAUGCGGUAAAGGUAUCAAAAGAAGAGCUGUUGGAUGUUUUUCAAUGACCACUCGAAAACAAAUUAACGAUGAAGCCUGUGAACCUAAGUUGAGACCCGCUACUCAGUCAGAAUGUACCAUCAAGAGCUGCAUUCCGGAAGCUAGAUGGCGUAAAGGCAGCUGGGGGAAGGUAAGGAUAUUAUGCAAUUAUUGAAUGAGGCUGAGUAUGGUGUGAAGAAUUAUGCAGAUCAAGGAGGAUGUUAUUAGUCGAGGUGGAUGACAUCCUCCUCAAACGAAAACCGAAUUUAAUAAUUGUUUUAUUAUUCAUUCAAAAUGUUUCUAAGUUCUGAAUACGAUUACCCCCUCGUAGACUUCCUUCAGACCUUGUCCCUGUUUCUAGGCACGGUUUCAUGAUAUAAAGAGAUGUUUUUCCUUGAAAGUACUCCUCAGACCUCGAAAAGUAUAUAAAAUCCAUCGAGCGAUAUGUUUAGCGUAUUCUUGUAUUUCUUCCGUUCAGAUUUCUUUAGACUUCAGCUAUUUCGUCUUUGGAUAACCUUAAACGCUAUUAUUUUUAGUUCACUCGUGAAUAAUCGGCUUCGUUUCCAACUAAAUCUACCAUCGAUCAACCUCGUCUCCAAUCAGAUAUACCAUCGAAUCGAUGGUAUGUUGCUCGCGUCUUCCAAAUAUGGGAAGCACCGGUCGGGUAUUUCUUUCUUUCCCAUUUUGAAAAAUGAAAUUGUAUUUGUCGAAUUUUGUUUUUAACCACUUCUGGGAGGGAAACUGUUUAAACCUUUUUGUUUAUUUUUGUUGUUUUCGUUUGUUUCCGUUUUUGUUGUUUUUGUUAUUUGUUUUGUCUUCGGGUUGUAUUGCUAGUGUCUUAAAUCGCUUUAUUUUUCCCCUACUUAAACUAUACCAGUGUACCCUCUCUGAUGUCUCUCAAUGUAUGGUGGGGUGUUUCUUUUUGUUUAAAAUGUUGUAGUUAAAUGUUAUAAUUGCUACUUCCAUUAGUUUCAUGUUAGUUGAAGUCAUGACAAAGUUGAUUUAUACUAAUGUUUGCAUUUAUUAAUCAAUCACAGUGCUCAGUGUAUUGUGGUAUUGGUGAGAAGUCACGUGAUGUCUGGUGCAGUGCAAAGAACGGAAAAAGAGUCCCGGAUGAAUAUUGCGCAGGCGAGCAUAAGCCUAGAAUGACACGCUCCUGUAACAAGAACCGGCGCUGCGGUGAAUGGGAAAUCGGCUUGUGGACUGAGGUGAGUACAAAACGCUGAUAAAAAGGAAUCGUUGAACAGUCCUAAUUAGAGAGCUUAUGCAGAGGCGUUAUUGAGCCACGCACAUCAACCGGGAACAAGGCCUGUUCCCUUUUAACAUGCCUUGACGCUAUUGAAUUUGUCUUGCAAAACGUCUUUACUCUGAAAGGGAGAGAAGUCCACUUCCGGUUGCCGUGCGUCGCUUAAAAACUCUAAAAGCUAAGCUUAAGCUAGCUAUUCGCGCCGGCGUUUUCCUUUAAACUAGCGCAUUAAACAGACAGAACUAAAACAAACUUUCUCUGUUAAAUUUUCAAGUUGCUUGUAAAAUUGCUUGUCACUGUCGAGGUGAAUAUUUACCUCGCUUCCUCACGCUGCCUUAUAAUGCAAACUGGCUCAGGGUGCUUACCAUCACAAACCAUGCUUUUGGAAAUCUUCCGCACAAAAGUUAGGCCAUUAAAUUUGACGUUGCAGGAGAACGACCCGCUUUAAAGUGUCUCCAAAUCAGCUGGAGAGACAUUCAAGAAGAAACACUGAUUUGCAUCUUGUCAAAUCACAGCACAUGUUUUCUGAAGCUUUCCAAACAAAUGGCGCGAACUAUUUGACUUUCCAACCGGAAUUUCCGGUUUUCCUUGCCUCGCCCCUGUACGGCGUCGCCCCAGGACCUCUCGGUCAAGGCAUUUUGGUGACAUAUCCGAGACGAACAAAAACUCGCUUGGAUCACGCGACCCGAAACGUAUCGGCCGCGCAGAAUAAUGAGGCCUAGGGACUAGGCAACGGUUUCCUCAUAUAAAUUGUAAGGAAUCUCAGAAGUUAGAACUUUUCUUGAUUAUUUUUCCAGUGUUCAAAAACGUGUGGUGACGGAACAAGAAGACGGCCUGUUAGGUGUCUUCACCAGUUAGACUACAAAGACGACACGUUCUGUGACAGCAGAACGCGGCCAUCUGAACAACAGCCAUGUAGCCAAAGAGCAUGCCCACGUGUUCGUAGCAUCUACCAAUGGCAAACAUCCACGUGGAGCGAGGUAUGUUGAAAUAUUACUGACUCCUAAUUCAACCAGUCAAGGAAUAAGGCUUGAUAGGAACCUCUUCACUUUUAACUGAAAUAAGCUGUCUUAAUCUUUGCCAUGCCUUCAGAUGAGGCACUGUUUAAAUAUACAUUUAGUGUCCGAUAAUUUCUCGUUAUUUUCUUUCUUUCUGUCAACGAUGCAAAGUUGGCACAAUAAAUAAACACAGUAGUUUAACACCUGGCAUCAGCUGCAUAUUCUCCGCUUUUUUCAUUCCCUGCUUCCGUUAAUAAUGAAAAUUAAAUCACUACUCCUUUAUGUUCUAGGUAAUGAAGAUAAUUAUUUGAAUGUUAAUUAUCUAAUAGAAUAUUUUGUGAAGUUAACCUGAUAUGUUGUAUAUACCUCCAGUUGUAAUUUUAGUCUUUUUCAAAUAGCAAAAUCCCCUGUUCUUGAAUUUAUAUGUAAGGUGUUUCUUUAUGUAUGUUUUUGUAUUUCUUUUCUUUUCUUCUUUCUUAUGUAAUUUAAUAACGUCUUUAUUUAAAGUCUUGUCCUGCCUAGAUUAGCGUUAUAGCUAUUUGCAGGACAUAAAGUAUUGCAAACUUUAUAUUUCUUUAAAUAAAUACAUUGUUGUUGUUGUUGUUUGUUGGAGAAUUUGUUUAGAAGUUUGUUUUCUGAUUACUUUCAAUCUUCUCGUGAUCAAAAUGAAUGCUAAAGCAAUAAGAAGUCACAACCGCUUUUAAGACGAUGUUAUCUUACCUAACAAUUAUAUGUCAAUUUUCAACUUGUUUUCUCACACAUCUUAGUGCUCCAGUUCCUGUGGGUACGGUCAAAAGUCACGUGAUAUUUGGUGUGUUGAUCUUUCGAGACAAAACGUCAGCGACGCACUUUGUAACCCGGAAUCCAAACCAGAAAGUUCUGCUGCUUGUUAUGGUUCGAAAUGUUCCUCACAAUGGAAACACGGUGAUUGGUCACCGGUAAGUCGACUCCUAGUCUGCUGCACAGCCGUUUUUAGUGUCGUCACGUAACACUCCUCCCCACAAGAUAUAGGAGAGAUAGGAUUAGGGAUUUUACAAGACGAAAUUUCGUUUUUUUGUGAAUUUUUACUUAUCUCACUUUUGGAAAUGGAAGGCCUAACUACAGUUAUUCAAGGCUUGUUGUUAUAUUGGGUGGUUUAGGCUCCAACAGUCCAUAAUGCAAUGGGAGGCAACAACGACCCAGGCUCAAACUCAACCUCUAAAAGGCCUACAGAGGUACAGUUUGAGAAAAUUGACUAGAGCUUUCUUAGUUCUGAUUAAAACCUGCUCGUGUGAUACCGUAAACUGUGUAAGACGUGAGGGGUUUUAAGAGGGUUUAUACGACGGUACGGAGGGGUUUAUAUCCGAGAGGGGCUUAUAAACAAGAUAGAAAAAGCGCUUCAAAGCGAACUAUUAGCUGUAUAGCAUCGCUGAUCAAAAUACGUUUUACAUGUACUGGUUUUUAUUAAGCUUCAAAACGUCACAAUAAAUCGAAUCCAGGGGGGGGCUUAUAAUCGGAGUUAGAGGGGAGCUUAUAUAGCCGGAGGGGCUUAUUAUCGGAUGUAUUUUUUGUUGUUGUUUACAGGUAGAUGGGCCUAGUUAGGUGGGUUUGUUAGUGGGGCGUGGGCUUAUGGACUGCUGUUUACGGUAUCAGCAACACCUUUUGUAAUUAUCUACUGUUAACUUCUUAACGGUCUGAUAUUCUUGUCUCGCAGUGCUCAAGGACGUGUGCACGUGGCUAUCAGUACAGAGUAGUAGAGUGUGUUGGUAAUACUGAUUGUGACAAACGGACCAAGCCUCCUGUAUGGCGGCCAUGCAACAGGGGAGAAUGUGGCAGCUUUCUCUUCUGGACAGUGGAAAAAUGGUCUAAGGUAAUGGAGUAUAAUGAAACUAAGCGUGGAGGCAGCGUGACCGCACGUUUAGAGCGCUGGACUUGUAAUCUGCAGGCCCCGCAUGCAAGUCUGGCCCUCACCGCCAGCUGGUUUUGUUUUCGGUAGGCCCGAAUUCGAUUCCUCGGCCACACUUGUGAAAUAAUUAACUGGUUCGUCUCCUACCAGUUGUGAUUCUUAACAUUGCUGUGUUCCAUUUGAAUUAUUUGUGUCAUUGUCUCUGGGCCAUAAGGGGAAAAGAUAAUUUUUUUUUUAAAGCAGUUAGGAAAUAGCGUGAAUUUCAGCACACUCCUGGGAGAGAGAGAAAAAUUUCCAAGUAGUCUCCAUUGGUUCCUCUUUUUCCGGGGGUACAGCAACCAACUCUGUGUUCUGAGAUGCCAUGGAGUCGAUGUCGUGAGCAUUGAAGUAUUGUUUGUCCCGAGCAAGUGGCAUUACAAAAAUAUAACAAUUGCACUUUUCUCAAUGUCGCUAUAUGUUUUAGGGAUCGAAAAGUGACGAGAGCUUUCUCCCUUUAUACUACUACAUGAGAAAUUUCUGUAAUCUGUUUGGCUUAGAGCAGUUGUAUUUCUGCUUAAUUUGAAAUACCUACAUGUGAAAAUUACAAACCUUUGGCGGGUAGUAGUAUAUACAAAUAAUAGUAAGAUUUUUAGGUAAUAUUUGGUGUAAAUACCACUCGUGAUAUUUCAAAAUUGUCUCAAAUUUCACUCACCUGAUGGCUCGGAAAUUACGCAUAACAAUUUUGAAAUAUCACUCGAGGUAUUUAUGCCAAAUAUCACUACAAAUCAUGCUAUUACCUAUACUAAUCAAUCUAACACCGGUUUUAUUUCACCCGAUUUUCCGAUGAGACAAAGAAACAAACCAACUCUCUAACGAAAUUUAGAUAGAGUGACACUUGACAGGUCCAAGGACCGAUAAACCCGUGGCGUUCUUAUUGUCUUUUUCUUGGCCAAAGGCCAUUUUGUUGUUUGCAAGUGCACCUCCUUAAAUAUGUCGGUUUUUUCAGUUGGCGAGGUUUGAUUUCAAAGUAACACUAUCGAAAACUGAAAUGAGAACUUGUUUAUUUCUAUAGUGCUCUGUCAGUUGUGGUCAUGGAGUGAUGAGAAGACUUGUAAAGUGCUUCGCAAGAAACGGAAGUUACAUUGAUGACUCUUUCUGCACAACGCCAACAUCAAGGAAACCAGAAGACACGCGCUCAUGUCAGAUGAAAGCAUGUAAGUACAGUAAAACGUCUCUACCCCAAGAUAGGUACGCAAUGCGUGCAAAUACACAUGGCAAAUGUAGGCACGUAAUAUGUGCACGCAUGCACAAAAAAAUAAACUGACGCAACGCAAGUUGACAAAUGCUCUGGUCAAAACGUGAAAAAUGUGACAAUGUCGAGGUUAAGUAAUUUCAUUUUAUUUCCUUCGUCUUAAGGUCCACCAAAAACUUGCAAAGACAUCCAGUUGAUUAGCGGAUUACAGAAUGACGGUGAACAGUCACUGAAUGUUCAAGGAAGAGAACUUCAGGUAUGAUAAUCUUAAAACAUAACAAAUCCUUUGUUACCUAUGAAAUGCACUGUCGAGCUUCUAUUAACGGUCAACCCCCGAUUUCUGUAACUGUAGCAAAGCUGCGCCAUGCCGAUCGCGAAAGGAAGGGAACACACAUCAGAUAGGUUAUGUGUUACGGAUUAAUUUAGGUUUCUGGGAAACUCCCCACCUACCCCUCCCCUAAGUCAACAUUAACACUUACUUCUCACUUAGGGCAAAAUGUUGGGUUAGGGGAGGGGCAGGUAGGCAGUUUCCCAGAAACCUAAAUUUGGUGCAGUGUGAAAAGGUAUUCGGACCGUAGCGGAAGUGAAUAAAUAGGAGCGAGGACUGGAAUCUAUUGAGACGGAAGUAAACCAAACCCUCUCAGCCAAUCCGCUCCGGCGAGAUGUUUGAUAUGUAUGAACGACUUGUUCCAGUUCUGUUCACAAUAUACCGAAUAGCUUUUCGUGUCGCCACGAAAACUAUCCGAGACAGUGUGAACGUAACUUUAACUCUAUGUCUACUCAUGAUCGGAUAGCUCUUGCGCCGGCACGUAAGCCGUAUCGGAUAGAGCUUCCGUUUACACAUGAGAACAGUGAUUAAAGGGAGGUUUUUGUAACAGAGCAAAACUGCGCCGCGUCGAUCUUGAAAGUGGAUCGUCACUUAUCGCAUGGGUUUCCGCACCACUCUUUGACGCAGUGUGAACAGAUGUCCAUACUAUAGCGGAUAGCUUAUUACGCCGACAGGAGACAAAGAACCUCGUUUCAUCCUUUCUACAAUGGCCACCUCCCUACAUUUAUUAUUUACCUCUGUCACCAUAGUAGCGGUCGCUGUUGAGAAGAUUUUCGACUUAAAAUGAAACGUUGAACGACCGCUCGUGCUCUACGUUAACCGCCAACACGAGCUCGCGCGUCUUUGGCAACCAUUUUAUAAAGGAAAUAAAUUAUAAGCACUUGGGAAUUUUAAGAGCACUUUAAGGGCCGCCUUGGCUAGUACUUCUCUAGCUCUUCUCCUGGUUCCUCUGCAUGCCCUUGUGGCUCAAGAAAAAUGUACUCGAGAAGUAUUUUAUAGAAAUAUACAUCAUGUUUCUUUCAGGUGUACUGUCACGCAAUGAUGUCACAAGAGCCUAAAGAGUACAUUACUCUCAGAACAGGCCCUGCUAAUAACUUUGCAGAAAUUUACCCCAAAAGGUAAUAUUAUCGUCCUAGCUGUCGGCUUAUAAGCCCAGUUGAUUGGGUACCAGACAAUAGUGAGCUCACGCAACAGGACAGCAGAAGGAAAAGUGAGAGCAAAACGUUUUUGUUUGUGACAAACGUGACAGAUGUCGCGAUCGUCACUUAAAAUUACUGUGUUCUGGUCUUUUACCAAAAGAUCUGUUUAAUGGAAGGUGAAGUUUGGUGGAAAAUUUUCAAACAGAAUCAUUGUCGCGCUUGUUAGGUUUGCCGUUUUUUUCCCGUGCCGUCUUAUUGUUAAGUUAAGUUCAUAGGAUCAUGAGACUAGAUUGGGGACGUGAGCAAAUCUCGUACAAGAGAUCAGGGUAUGAGAAUAGACGUGAGUGUCUAAUGCGGCGGAUCUUUCUCCGAUGAUCUCUUUUCAAUCUUCUUUUUUUGUUUAUGUCUGUACUUUUUACAUCUCUUUAAUACGCUUUUCAUGGGGUAAAAACAACAGACACAAGAUAAUUAAGCCAAGUUAAUUAAGCCUCUUGUUUACUCCUGUUUCCUAGAUUACGUAAUGCAUGGCAGUGUCCGGGAAAUGGUUCGCACUUUGAAGAAUGUGAUUGCGAGGAUGAAGACUAUCAGCAGUCGGGCGCCUCCUAUUAUUCAAAAAUCAGAAUAGAUUUGUCAGCAAUGAAAAUAAUUCGUAAGUACACAGGCCACAUACUUAUCAGAUUCAAAAUAUUUAGAAGUAUUUUGAGCGUAGAUACUGAGAGAAUUGCCACAGAGGUUAAUUUGACUAAGCGCAAAAGUGGAAUUCAUCAUUUUCACAUCUCCCGUAAUACACCCCGUUUGCCCCGCAAAGUUUUGCAUAACCUUGGUUUUUCAUUUCUCCUGGGUAUUGCAGUUGUCCCAGGAAAAAUUAAAGACAGUAGGGACAAGAUUCAUUAUGGGAGAUGUGCAAAUGUGGAAUGCCGAAUUCUUAACAGAUGAAAUGCCUGAAACCAGCCCUUAGUACUGAGGGAUUGUGGGUAACUUUCUACGACUAUCUGCCCUGAAUCGCAUCACGUGACAUUGCUUUGAAAGAUGCUACAGACGUGUCGUAAGAUGCUCAAGACGUGUCGCCCCACGGCUUAUGUUUAAGCUGUGGGGUUUAUUUAUUCCAAACACAUUUGAGAAGGGGGCUUAUUUAAGAGGGGGCGGGGGGCGGGGGACUUAUUUAAUUAAGCAAAGAUAAUGGUAUCAAUUUACCAUAAAGAACUAUAAUAUAGUGGAAAUGGCCAAGUACAAGAGUACAAGUUGAAGGUCAUGCAGCCGACGAUCAAAAACAAAUCCUUAACUUCCAGUUGCUAGAUCAGUCCACACGAAGUUUUACAGUCGUGAUUGAUUGAUACAGUCUAUCAUUUAGUAGUGAAGAAUAAUAAGGAGGAGGAGAGGGGGCUUAUUAAACUCCCUCCCUGAAAAUGGGAAAGGCUUAUUUGAGAGGAGGGCUUAACAGAGGAUUUACGGUAAAAACUAUAAUUCCGCGGAAGUCCCUGACAUCAGAAAUAUAAACGCUUACAGGGGUAAAUCUUCUUCUCUUUAGCGGAAGAUAAAGAGUUUGCAUCGACAAGAGGGUUAAAUCCCCCGGCAUACGGGACAGCAGGGGAUUGUUACAGUGCCCAGGGAAGAUGCCCACAGGUAUGAAAUAAAAUUAUAAAACAAUAAUAGUUAUUAACAAAAACUUUUGAAAUAUGAGUUUUAUUCGGACGAGGUUCACGUAUAGUAAGUUUGUCUAGCAUAAAUAAACACUUAAUGACUGGUUUCGAGGGAAACAAAAUUAACUGUUUCCCGAGGGACCAGUCUUUAAGUGAUUUGUUAUAUAGCUGGAAAUUUUGAACCUGGAAAUUCAUUAAACCUCGCUGUAACGGCAGUUGCCGGUCAACAUUAGCGGGCAACAGUGCACUGUUACCCCCUGAUGUCAUAGAUUUUGCAAUGUUGCCCGCUCAUAUUUUGACGGAAAACAGUCUCAUUGUUAGAUGUCAUGUGACCUCGAAGUAACCAAUAAGAAAGCUCAGUUAUAUUUGUUGCCUCAUGAUUUCGAUAGGAUAAAAAAUUGUUUCAAAUUUUAUUUUUACAAUUUUAAACAAGACAGUUUCUAGAAUCUGAAAUAUCCGUUUAGGUAACGGAAGAUUUUUUCCCGAAAAUCGCAUUGUUGGCCGCUAAUUUCGACCUAUAAGUAAAUGUAAAAUCGCUCCCAACAUUACUUACACCGUUCGAUGAACUAGUAUUUGUAACUGAAGAAAACUCGUCUUUGUAAAUGGCUAUAACACUUUAAAAGUUAAUUCAAAUGUGAGCCAUGAUUAAACCUCAUAGAGAUAACUAGGUUCAGGGUACGGCACUGGUUUACCUCACUUCUGACACCAUAAGGUGGUAUGACCCGAGAAGACACGACACCCACAAAAAGCAUGCGCCAGGUUUAACCGCUGACCUAGAUGUGAACUGCAUAUGCUAAUCAGGGUGCCUUAUUCAGUUUCUUGUUAUUAGUGAACUUACGCGACAGGACAAGAGAGGGAAGAAGACAGCAAACCUUGUGUGAUAAGCGUGACAAUAAUUUUCUUUGGAAUAACUUUUUGCCAAACUUCACCUUCCUUUAAACAGAACUUUUUGUAAAAGACCAGAAAACAUUAAUGUUAAGUGAAGAUCCCGACAAAACACGUAAGUAAUAGCNUGCGCCAGGUUUAACCGCUGACCUAGAUGUGAACUGCAUAUGCUAAUCAGGGUGCCUUAUUCAGUUUCUUGUUAUUAGUGAACUUACGCGACAGGACAAGAGAGGGAAGAAGACAGCAAACCUUGUGUGAUAAGCGUGACAAUAAUUUUCUUUGGAAUAACUUUUUGCCAAACUUCACCUUCCUUUAAACAGAACUUUUUGUAAAAGACCAGAAAACAUUAAUGUUAAGUGAAGAUCCCGACAAAACACGUAAGUAAUAGCCCUGUCGCGUUUGUGACACACAAGCUUUGUGAUGUCCUCUUCUUCCUGCCGUAAUGUUGCGUAAACUCACUACUGUUUGUGGCUGAACCCUAGAGAGGAAUGGCACAGGACGUGAGAGAACUGGGUCACAUCCCUUGCCCACGAACUGCGCGCGCGUGGCCUCUUGAUACUCCCUUCCUUUGCAUCGAAAAUGAUUUUAGAUGUUGUGAAAAGUUUGUGGCUUAUGUUUAAAAAAAAGUUGCUGACAGAGCCAUGGUAGUUACAGAAGAACACAAUGCAUUACUUGUUAUAUUCAUGCUUUAUUAGAGUCAUACAAUCCACCAUGUUCCAGCGGCAGCCGUAAGUACCGAGCGGAGGAGCGCGGGCUCAUUUCCCGAACAGCGGCUGGUAAUCGAGCCUACCUUGAGAAUUGACACGUGGUCUUGUCUUUUUUAGGGUCGAUUUAGCAUCAAUUUAAAAGAAACUGGCAUCAGAUUAACCUCGAAGGUCAUGUGGGGAUCAACAGGCCAGGCAUAUUCGCAAGUUAUCUACAGAUAUCCGGUGAGUGCUUUGUACAUCAUGUAACAUAACUAAUUGACAAAUACUCGGGCAUCAAGUACUUGUUAACCCUGCCAGCAGAACCUUUCUGUCGCUUGCUCGGUUUUGGCGUGCCCAAGAAAGACUCUGAAUGAAUCGAGGAAGAUCUUUGUUAAGCAUGCGUUGCAUGUCGCUAGGAUACAUUUUCCAACCCUGGCCUAAUAGCCUUGUGCUUGUUACAGGAGAAUCAAUUUGACGAAAGAAAACAAGGUUGAAUAGUCAGGAAGUUCGGGUUGCGGUGACUUCUUAAUGGCCUGUGUUUAGAUUCCCCCCCCCCCCCCCCCCCAAUCCCCUACAUGAUGUAGUGAUCUACAAGUAACUGCCAAUCAAAUCAUUUUCCACACAUUCCGAGAAAAAUCACGUGGCCUCCAUACACGAUUAGCAACGGUGAAUCACAGACGCCCAUUCUCCGAUUUUUCCUGAGGUUAGGGGAGUCUGUACACAGGCUACUUCUCAAAGGCUUAACGCGGUUCAGGAAGAGCCUCCUUUUCUACUUCUCUAUCAAGAAGAAGACAAAAGAAGACUCUUCUCGAAGGGUGUUACUUGUUAGUUUUCACGUUUCAACCCCUGAUGAAACGUUACUGCUUUUAUGGGUCCAACAAUUCGAACAUACCAUCCUCAAGGCAGCCAUUCUCAGUUGAUGCCUUCCACGUCAGUAAUCUGAAAACCUUUUCUUUCUCGUGUGUCAAAAAUUAUUCAAAUAUAUAUUUUUUAUCUCUUUUAAGGAAGGACAACAAGUUAUAGGCAAAUGCGGAGGAAGAUGUGGUAUCUGUAGACCUGAAAAUGAUGUAGGGCUUAAAAUUGAACUCGUAGAAGGUAAGUCU